GGUUUGGGUGGAUUUGAUAGCUGCAUGAAUAAGGUAAGUAAGAGUGGUCCUGGAAUUUGCAUGCUAUCUUUAUUUAGCGCAGUGGUUAUGAAUAACUAUCACAAAGUAGUGAUUUUCAAGGAAAUUCAUAUGGUGAUAAGAAAUAUUUUAGUGAGCUGGUCAUUUUUACUCACUCAAAAUAUGCCAUAUUUUGGUUCUCUCUCUUGCAGCUGUUAUUGUGCCAAGGACCCUGAGUCUUCACCAGGGAAGACUAACAUGCCUCAGGAAUGGAUGGAAAAGAAACUAAGCUUAUGGUUUAUAUAUUUAUUCGGAUUUUUCUGUUCAUUAAUGCCUAAUUUCAGUUAUUUUGUUGCAUUUUUAUAUGUUCCCCUCAUGGUACUUUUCUCCCUCCCUUUGGACAUAGCACAGCUAAAAAUUAAAAUAAACUACUUUAAUUUGUCAUGUAUUGUCCUGUUUUGAUGACAAGUACUUUUUCUGUGGUAUAUUAUAAUGGGUUAAAAUCACCCGGCGAUAGUGAUGGUGUUACUAAUUUUAGUGAUAGUGUUCUAGGGUAAAUCUCAAUUUUUUAUUCAUCUCGAUUCACCUAUUUUAUAUCUGACCACCCGAUGCGUUAGGAGGCGAUAUAGUCAAGCGCUUCAGGUUGCUCAGGUCUUUUUACUUGGUAUUAAACAAAAGACGGAUCCUAAAUCCACGCUGGAACCGGAGUGAUUUAUCGGAAGAGAGAGGGGUUUUGUGCCCUUUCCAUUUAGCGGCUGUUGUGUUAGCAGAGCUGAUUUCGGUUGCGGUGCAAACUAGCUCAAAGACAACGCGGACUGUUGGAGUUCACACAGCCGUCUGGCCUGUUUUUACGGAGCAGCAUUUGUGUCCGACUGCGCUUCCGCCAUGUUGAACUGAUUCAAGUUGUGAGUGACUGCUGGGACCGAAGUGACAAGCCCCAGAAAUCGGACUAGAUAGAGUUAGGGGGGCUGUUACCGCGCCGGUGACGCAGGAAAAACACCCAGAAGCAGAGGAAAAACGUAGGAAUUAGAUCUUUCUAGUAACAGGUUUGUGUCCUGACAAACUGUCACCGAUAUAGGCCACGUUUAUGUAAUAUACGACGACACCAUCGUUGAAGGCUGGACGUAGCCCGUGAAUAGAGGGGGAAGUCAUAUCAAAUUCCUGGUGAGUUGUUAGCUAACUAGCUCUGUACGGUGCCUGCUGAUUGUUUAGCUGCUAGUACUAGCGUCAGCUGGUGGUGGAUGCAAGGUAACACUGCUGCAUAUGGAUUACUUGUGUUAUUCCCUCACUGGUAGGUUUUUCUUGACUUGCAACUUUGUAUUUAUUCUCUAACAAUGUCAAUGCGAUUACACUGCAAUUCAUGGUCUUCUUAGUACGUGAAGUCUCGUUAGCUUACUCCGCUAGAGUCACUGACGCCAGGCUAGUCCCGGGCUCUGUCUACAGUCUGAGUAGCAACAUUUCCUUUAAACGGCUCAUGUUUACAAGUUACAGAUAUUCUUGUAUUUCCAAUUCAUUUCUUUAAACGCAACCAAUGCUUUCUUUAUAAAGAUUUCAGGUUUGUUGAUACUAUAUGUAAUCGCGAUCGUCAAAAUCGUAUAUUUAAAACGCUUUAGUUAAGUUAUAACUCAGCGAUAGACGGUACAGGUCAGAGCACUCACUAAAUGUCAGGAAAUAGACGACUCCCCUGUCACCAUCAUAUUUUACGUUAUCUAAAAGAGCUAGCUGGGUCAGCGUAUUUUAUUCGCCGAAAUGCCUGCUGAGUGAUGUUAGUAUUAAUGUCAGAAUGUUACUUUUAUUAAAGUCUUCAAAUGUUGAGUCAUAUCAGCAAACCUCCGGUCAGAAUACAAACGUUAACGACAGCUAGAUCUACACUCGGGUAAGCUAACGGCUAACAGUUACUGUUUAUCUAGAUUGUUAGCACGUUAGCACGGCUCAUUGAGAACAACGUUUGUUAAUAACACAUAAAGACACCCUUAUAUUUGAUAAGUGCUGAUGUUUAGUACAAACUUAUCUGUUAUAAAGCUUAUCUGUUAUAUGGUAAAGGUUUGAUGGGCAAGUGUAAUGUCAGGCCCGACCGAAUAAUGAGGCCUAUGUGUCUCAGCGCAACGGGCUUUGGACGACAAGGCCGUCGAUGCUGUGCUGUCUGGGCGGAUCGCCUUGCAGGCUAACCCUAAUGUUAGUUGCCGCAGCUAGCUAGCAGCGGCAGCAGGCGUUAACUAACCAACCACCAGCUGUUAAAGGUUGUUGACGGCGCUAGUUUGUAAUGGUAGUUACGUAAUGUUACCAUGUAUUUUCAUAUGCAUCCGGAUACUUGAAUUUCAAGAUAUACCAAUAUAUCACACGGAGUACUACUCGUCGAUUUCACCGUCCAUACGAUGGGUUUUAAAUGACAUUAUAGCCGGUUCAGUCCAAAAGGCCUCACUUGGUCCUAGCCUGACGGUUGUAAAGAUAGUGGCUGCUGUUAUCGUAUAUAUGUCAUUCUCCUACUUGGUAUAACGGUAAAACAUAUUGCGCUUUUGCAGCAUCAUGAAAGUAACCCACCCUAUCCCAGCGUUAGUGGACAGUUUGUUACUGAAUGAUUUCACUUAGCCAUAACAACAUGAGCAACUGGGCAAUGAAUGCAAUCCAAUACAUCUCCGACACAAAUUCUGUCGUCAGGAAGCGUCUUGAUUUUCAGUUUUUGUUGAAAGCAUCAGAGGGGUGACUUUUGUACUUUACAUAUAUUAAUGAAAAUGAAGUGGGUGGUGGUGCUGUUAUAUUGAAAGCUACUCCCUAUAUUUUCCCCCUUUAUAAACUAGAAGGAGGAGAGCUAAAUAUUAACAACACCUUGCAAUAAAGGGAUAUCCACCACCAACAUCCACUACAUCUCAACAGUUAAUUUAGAUAGCAGUUAUCACCUUUCUGAUAAUGUCAACAGAAACUGAAAAUCUAGCAACUUUAAGUGCAACCUAUUGUAAAGCUGAUUUAUUGGACUGAUGUUGCAAGUGAAUAUGUGUACCACUUUAACUGUAAAACAAAAGAAGUCUUAUCCCUGCAUUAGUAGAUGGGUAGCCACUGAAUAAUUGCAUACAAAGUAGCUGCGGAUACAUGAUGCAACAUAUCAUUUUCAGUAAGUUGAUAACAUUUGCUGGAAUCUGCAUAAACCGAUGAUUGCGUAUGUAAUGAAUGUUUUAUAUGUAUUCACAGCUGCGACACUAAUCACUGAUACUGAAGCAGAUGUCACGGGCCACCUGUAAAAUAGGAAAUAAUGUAGUUUCACUACCCUUAGACUAUGAAAACAGCUCUCAUGAAACACAAGUAGUAUCAUUUUCAACCCACUCAUACCUUAUACAAACUUAACAGCUAUUUACUUAAAAGAUGUAUGUUCGCUAAAAUCAAACAAACACCAGGCAAACACUAAUAACAACUUUUGGAAGGUGCAUGCUUGUAAAAGGACUGCUGGUAUAAGCUGUAAUGGAUAAGCCAUUUUCUUCCAUGGAGGCAGGCUAAUAGUCCUUGUUUCUCAUAGGGAUGCAUGAUGUCUGGUAAAACAAAUAUGGUGGAAUUUCUAUUAUGGCAUUUAUGUGUAAACCCGGUCAAUGAAAACACUUUUUGUCAAAGCUCAUAUCACACCAACAGGAUACGGAGAAAUAUUUCAGGUGUAGUCACAUGGGUCAGUAUUGUAACAGUGUGACGUACGAAAUAUAAACUUAUACCUGUGAAAUAGUGUUUGUUAUCCAUUAGUCACAGGUUCUAUUUGUCACUCAUUGGAGCAUGUUACAGGGUUUCACAACUUAAUUUCCACCAAUAAGUCUGAGGGGCAGCUAAUAGCUAGCUUGAGCUUCAUCUGACUGCACCAAACCAGGGUGAGAUCACUGGCAUUUCACUCAGGCCUCCAUGCAACGCUAAACAUUAGCAUUCUGAGUGAAAGUACAAAUUGUCCUUUUUAAUAUGAUUAUUUGAUCACUUGCGAUACAUUUGGACUUUUGCAAUGUGUUUAUUGCAAACGCUCAUAUUGUGAUAAUGAUAAGACUGAUGUAUUGUACAGCCCUAGUACCUGAUGAUGUUUGUAUUUUCAAGUUUGCAAACAUCUUUUAUGUGCAACUGUAAACCAGCUAUUAACCCAAUCCUGCUUUGAUUUCUAGUUGUUGUUUACUGUAGUUUUAUUUGUCUUUUGGUAUGGUAAACUGCUGUUUUAUGAUCAUGAGAGAACGGGGAGAUUGCUUUUCAACUCAUAAAAGAAAAUUAGGAUCAUAGUGACUCAUGUAUUGUGCCUCAAAAAAGCUAAAAGUCAGACAUUAUAUUGUAAGCAUCAACUUCACUGAGACUGUUAAGCUGUUAAAAACACAUUGGAUGUUUCAAUUUCUCUCCAGCCUUAGUCCUCUUUUUUUAUGGUAUCCCUCUCUCCACAUUGACUUUGAAUGCAGAUAUUGCUUCAGUAAAUCCGAUAUUCUACAGCCUCAAAAUUAAGAAUGAAUUGAAAUGACAGAAAACAGAAGAACUGAAUCUGAAGCAGACCUAAACAUUUAUCUGAAUGACAGGAAGACUGAAAGGUGUGGCACUGAUUGCUGUGACCGUAGUGUAUAGAAUGAUUGACAGUUUAUUAUUUCAUUCAGUGACUCAGUGAUUGAAAAUUGUGCUUUGAUUGUUUUCCAACCAAUAUUAUUGGCCAUUCAGUCUUUUUGAAUGCUAAAUCAAGGGAAACUAUGGAGCAUUUUAUGUAUCUACAUAUAAUAAAAGCUGUGCAAAAGACAUAAAGGUAGAAAUGCAACAAACAGUUACCUGAAAAAAAAAGAAAACAUUUACUCAGAGUAUGUAGUAUUGAUAAGAUCUCUUACUAAAUGUGGUAUGAUGCAAGGAUUAUCAUAUUUCCUAGUUUUGCCCACCUGUCCUUUUGGUAAUAAUAACAUUUGACCCCACCAAGGAACUGGUGAGAUCUCUUUUGCAAUUGAAAGACCUACUUCCUGGCUUAUCUUUGACCUGCCCCACUAACUGCAGUUUCAAGUUUACUCGGUUUUGCAGUGAGGAAAUAUUACCCGCAUUACAGGUUUUACCUCUAGAAAAGGUUGGUUUGAUAAUCCGGACAAACGGUGCGCUUGUAACAGCCUGAUAAUCUGAUUAGAUGUGCGUUUUCCACCUAAGAACUGGAAGUGCUUUUUUUUUUUUUUUUUUACAAUUCCAGCAAUUAACUUGCCAAGUACAGUUUUACUGCAAUCCGCAAAUGAACCAGCCAAAACAAAAAAUGAGCUCAAGUUGUACUACAGAGGAUUCUGCCAAGAUAUUUCAGGUAUCCUGAUAAAAUAUGAGGUUAUAAAGAUAUUGUUUGUCCUUCUGUAGCUUCUCACAAAUAUGCACUUAAAGCAGUGGUUCUCAAGUCUAGUUCUCGAGGCCCCCCGUCCUGCAUGUUUUGGAUGUUUCCCUGCUCCAACACACCUGAUUCAAAUGAUCAGCUCGUUAUUAAGCCAUUACAGAGCUUGAUAACGAGCUGAUCAUUUGAAUCAGGUGUGUUGGAGCAGGGAAACAUCCAAAACAUGCAGGACGGGGGGGCUCGAGGACUUGACUUGAGAACCACUGACUUAAAGGAAUGCGUUCAUUGAUGGGAUGUUAAUUGUAACUUGAAUUACUAAUGACUGGAUUAGUAUUGUUGAAAUGCUCCAGAUAGAAGAACAAAAAGCAGUAUUUUCACUCCACAAUCUGUCACAGACGUUCUAUUGCGUUUCAUUACCACACACCCCCUGAGGUUUUAUGUUCAUGUCUUCCCUUGCACAGAUUAGAGAUGGAGCUGUUUGCUUGAGAUGGGUUCACACAGGUCAUAUUCUCUGGCCGCUUAUUCAUGGAGAGUGCUUCAGGACCUGUGUUAGCAUGAUUCAACAGAUUUUCAGACUAGAACUGAAACUAGGCUUCUGGGGGGCAUCAGAGGUCGAUGUAUCCUGAGGGUUGGCCAAAGUAUCGGAAAAGCACCAAGGCAUUUUAUCCAUAUUUGCAGCUGGAGUGACAAAAAAAGUCAGUUGGACAUGAGAUGCAAUCAGAAUGGGGAAAAUAAUAAUGUUGAAAAUCCAGAUGCAUCAGUUGUAUGUCUUGAUUGGCAAUUUUAAGCUGAAAGAAAUCUUAAGAUAGUUUUACAGCAAUUUUUUUAACUUAUAAAGAAGACAUAAGUGUAAAUCUGUGGACAAAUUGCGGUAGUGUGAGGAAAAGAUUGUCUUUUGACUCUCUUGUGCCUGCUGGAGAUUAAUUAUUAAGGUUGAACAUCCUGAUCCAUUGUGUUUUCUGGUUUUAAUUACCGGAGGUACGUGGUUUGAAAAAGAGACCUCUGCAGAUAACUCGGGGAACAACAAAUACCAGAAGAAUCUCUUAAACACAAGUGGUCUGCAAGGUUAGCCGAUGAUAGGGGCGUCCCGGCUCUUCGCCCUCUUGAUAUCCCAUAACAAUAAAAACAUAUUUUUACAAGAGGACUGGGGCUUUGAAGCCUUUGUUAGAUAGGACAGUUUAGGAGAGUGAGAGAAAAUGUGGGGCAGGAUACUGCAGUGAGGGCUAUGGCUUUUGCACAUGGGGCACCUGCACCCCCGAUAAGACUUUUUAUCAUGUAGCUUGUUUGAAGACAAAAGAGGAAUAUCUGGUGAAAUGUGCAGAUUUUUUGGGGGGUGGGAUGUUCCGUAUUGAACCAAUACAGAUGGGCAAAUUCUCUGAUUUCAAAGCCUUUAUUUUGGAGCCUGUUCUGUUUAUAUGUAUGUAGUUGCUCUGUACAGAAGCGCAUUUGUUUGGUAGCUUGGAGCUGAAAGUGGAUAACUGUAUUCCAUUGAACUUUUGCCUUUCAAGAUGAUGAAACAUAAUCUGCACACCCCCAAAACUUAGAAAAGAUACAAGAAGCGGUGAAUACAUCGUUAAAUUGUCAGUUCCUCUACCACCCUGUUAAUAACCGUGCCCUUCUCCCCUUCUCCAGGUUAUGCAAUGGUCUCAGCGGCACAUCCAGAUCUCCAGGUGCUUGUGUCCCUCUCUCGUGUGUCCGGGCUCUCUUCCCUCUGCUCUACAGCUGAGGUGGCUGUGAUUUCCCUCCUGGCCAGCGCUCCCUAAGAGGCCAAGAUUGCCAAGAUCUGCCCUGUGGCGAGCAUGACGGCCACCACGCGUGGCUCUCCGGUGGGGGGCAAUGACAGUCAGGGCCAGGGCCAGGCACCUGAUGCUCAGAGCCAACCCCCACUGCCACAGAACCAGGUCAGUUUCCUCUUACUCAAAAAAAAUCAACCUUUUUCAUGUUGUCUCCCAACGCUUUGUUAUGCGAGUCGGUUUUGAUUUAUCUUGAGAUCUGCCUUUAUUGUCUUGUUUCCCCUUCCCAGACAUAACUCAUGUAAUUAAAUUAACCUGUGAUUACAAAUGAGGAGCGGUGUUAGCAGACAUGGCAGUACAGUUUUUGAACAGAAAUUGCUUGUACCUAACCACACACUGAUGCCAAGAGGGACGAGAAGAGAGGGGAGGGGGGAGAGCGGAAAGGAGGGAGAAAGAGAGUGAAGGCGAGGCAUCAAUGAACAGAGCCUCCUGAGUGAUGGAUAAAGGAUGUGUGUGUGUCUAUCUUUGUGCGUGUGCAUGUGAGGGCCUGUGUUGGUUAGAGAUGAGCCGUGGUGAGACGUGAGAGGCAAGCUGCCUAUGUAGGUCAGCCAAGCAGAAGGAGCCUUCACCACACUCCCCCACAUUUCAUAUUUCUCAGUUGUGCAUCUCUCCCGCCUGUGUGUAUCCCUUUUUUUUUACUCGCUCAUACACAGCUGCUCUCAACACUACUGAUGUUCAUACACACUUGUCCGAUGUGGAAAACACACAGAGACGGGGAUGAUCAUAUUUGUCCUUGUGUUCAUUUUUAUAAAUGCAAAUUGUGUCUAAAAAGACUCUUCCUUUCUGAAAUUUCUAUUUCUCAGCAGCUUAACAAGAAUACACCCACAUACUAACACGGUUACGCUUCGAACACAAGCAUGGAAGCUCUUACUUUUUUGUUUCCUCUGGGCAGAUAAGGAUGAAAGUGCACCGCUCUGUGUGCCAAAUACUAUGAGUAUUAUGACUUGAAUGGCUUUGUUCAGAAAGCUUUUCAGGAGAGGCACCUGCUUCUUCAUACAAACAGGCAUGCGCGCUCACUGACCAAAACAAAGAAAUCCAACCUCUGUUCAAGUCUUUUGCUUUGUCAUGUAUCGCCAGAGAAACAAGUGUAUGUAAAAGCACAUAAGGUUAAACUCUAGUUGCACAAUAAAAUUAGCUCUCAACUUAGAAAGACUUUUUUUUUCUUCAACUCUAUUUUUUCCUGAUUCACUUCUCAAAAGGAAUCGGACAUUUACUGACAGUCGCAUGUCUCCUUCUCUCCACAAACCCAGAGACAGCCAGUUUAAUGUCACAGCAAAGCACAGGAAGAUGAUCUCGACAUUUAUGAAGCUGACAUAAGAGAAUCUGAUUUAAAUCCAUGUAAAAAAAAAAUCAGUUUGAAAGUUAUCUAUCUAAGGAUCAUUACAUUUUUAUCCCAAGCUAUUGCUAUAAAUAGAAGUCUUCCAUUAUUUUGCGACAGAUUUUCAUUAAUAUGUCUAAGAGAACAGACAAAAGGACAAAUAUGGUUACAUAAAUCUUGGACGGUGAAACAGACUGGCACAUCAGAUGUUGGAUGUGUAUCUUGAUAGCUUGGUAGGAGCUACAAAAAAAACAGCCCCGUCUCUGAUUCCUUGUUUGCUUUCCUGUUCAUAUAACAGUGAUCUAAAAUGUCCCAUUGUGCGCCGUUAAAACACUGCAAUUUCGCAGCCUUGUUAGCGAGUGACCACACAAGCGCACAAAUUAAAUAAACAGCACCCUGCAGGUUCAGGUAAUGAUAUGACAGCGAGAGUCAUUGAGAUUGCAGCCAGAGCUUUCAUCCCUUUCAGCGGUUCAUUCUACCUUAAAAUGAUGCUUUUGGUAGGAAGCUGCGUUUGAACUCUUUGCCCAAUCAUGUUGGAAAUGGAGCAAAGCUGUCUGAACCCCGCUUUUUAUGUCCUCUUUUACUGACAGGUCACACUUAGGGGAAGAAAAAGAUAGCAUAAGAAGUCCAGGUAGUUUAAUACACAUGCAAUGUGAGCUCUGUUUUAUUUAUAGGUCUCCUUUUAUAGGUCUUCUGUGAUCUUCCCACUUUCACCUCCAUCAAUUCGAAACGUUGAUUUCCAGUAGUUUAGUGUUAUUGCUAAUGGAGCUUCAGCCAUAACCACAGAGCAAGAGUCAAUUAAUCAACAAUACUUCCUAAAGGCUAUUAUGAAACAGUGAAUCCAUUGCACAGCUCCUUAGAACUGCAUUUUCCUUUUGUUUCAAACACCUGCUCUGUUUUUCCAGAUUUGGGUUGCACGAUUCCUCCAAACAGAUCAAUGAGGCAUAUAAUGAUUUUUGUUGCCUGUGAUUUUUUUUCUUCUAGACAUCUUCUCCUAACUCAUCUAAUGAGAACUCUCCAGUGAGCCCUCCAGAUGAGCAGGGCCAGGGGGAUGUGCCCCCUCAGCUGGAAGAGGAGGAGCCCGCCUUCCCUCACACCGACCUAGCCAAGCUGGAUGAUAUGAUCAACAGGUAAUGAAUCACACAAUGUGGCGGAGGCUGCACCCUCUAACUCGCCAGAUGCCUCAGAUUUUAGUUUCGGUUUGAGUUGAUUUGAUGUUUUGUGCACCAGAUUGAUCCAGCCCACGUGGGGUUGCGAAAUGCUCCAAACAAAACUGAUAAGAACAGUAAAAUAAGGAGGAUGAGAGAAGUGAUGCACCUUGAUACAUGACAAACAAAGUCAAAACAAAUACGAGCACAGACAGGCACAGACAAUCCCUUUGAAACCCUGAAUGUAAAUGGCAGUUUGGCAUUUUAGUUUUUUUAUCAAUGAGCCAAAUAAAUCACAUCAUCUGUUCGCAGUAGGGCCUGACCGAUAUGGAUUUUUUGGGGCCGAUACCGAUUAGUAGGGGUGAAAAAAUCAGAUUACAGAUUAAACGGCCGACUUUUAAAUUUCAUUUUAUGAAGCGAUAAAAAUAUAUGUAUAUAUAUACACUGUAGAUAUCUACAGUAUACUAUAUACUGUAGAUAUACUGUAGGCUACUGCUCUUCACGCCGAUGGGAAGACCAACAGAUCAAAGCGUUUUAAACUACUCACUCUGCUGUGCUGUGAGGUAGUUAGUGGAUGAAGAUUGUCAUGCGUCAUCUACAGUGUAAGUCGGGAAACUUUUCAAAUGGCGGAACAUUUUCAAAGUGAAAACAAAUCUUAUUCUCUGCGAGUUUCCUGCCGAUUUAACUGGCUCGCCGAUAAAUCGGUCGGGCCCUAGUUAGCAGGUACAAUAGUAAUUCAUUUUUCAAACUAAGAAAGCUAAUCAAGAAAGUCUACAUUUUAGUUUUGGCCGACAUCCAAAAAGUUGAUGAGCGUUGGUGUUUGUCUCCAUAAAGAAAGUGAAACCAAAAUACGUAAAAGAAGCCUGCACAAUAAAGAGAAGAAGUGCAUCAGGAGUCCCCACAAAGAUAGGAUUAGCAAAAAGUGUGUGUUGGUUUAAUUCCUACAACAGUAUAAAAUGUGUCAAUAAUAGUCUCAUAAACCAAAAAGUUUGUCAGUGUAGAUCCCCACCAUGAUCUUCAAAUCAUUCACUGUGUCAGUUGAAAUCCUGACAACACAAGAAAAUAAGAAACUCUGUGUUUAAGAAUGUCCUUGUAUGAAUGAAAUCAAAUCUGUUUUUGUAUGUUUGUAAAAGAACAUCAGAGAAGACAAAAGAGGGGUGUAAGUAAAUAUUUCAAACUAAGCUGGAAAAAAAAAACAGGAAGAAUUUGACAGUGGAAGUUCCCACAAUGGUAGAAAAGUGUGAUAUUGUCAAUUUCAGUCUCGGCAUUCGGAGAGAAAACAAAACAUGUCAGUCAAGUGGAAGAUGCAAAUGUUGAAAAGUGUGUCAGUAAAACUAAUUACAACCAUAUCAAACCAGUUGUGUAAAAAUCCCUACUCUGUGUUGAUGAUUGUGUGUGUGUGUGUGUGUGUGUGUGUCACAGGCCUCGCUGGGUUGUUCCAGUUUUGCCAAAAGGAGAGUUGGAGGUCCUUUUGGAAGCUGCUAUAGACCUGAGUAAAAAAGGUAGGGAUGCUGAAUCCUUAAAACACUCUGAUGAGACUUUUUGGCACAGUGUAUUGAUAAGUAAAUGUUGUAUAUAUGUUUGAUGUCUUUUCUUGCAGGACUGGAUGUGAAGUGUGAGGCGUGUCAGAGGUUUUUCCGAGAUGGUCUAACCAUCUCCUUCACAAAGAUCCUGACGGAUGAGGCAGUCAGUGGCUGGAAGUUUGAGAUUCAUGUGAGUUUUCAGUUUUGCUGGUAUUGAAAAACAACCUUAAAGCUCAUAUGUUUACUCUCUGGGGUUUAAUUUGAAACCAUCACAAAUACUUUCUUUCAAACUUAAAUCUUCAGGCUUUAUAAAAGAAAUCUGACAAGUGUGGAAGGUUGAUUCUAGAAGUAAAAACCUCCUGGUAAGAUAGGCGUCUUUGGUGUUUGACCCCCAGUUCAGUGGUGUUAUCGGAUAGACUCAAAGUGAUUGUGAUGGGGUCCACAAUAAUCAGUAUUGAUGUCAUGCAGGCUGCAUGACUCAGCACAGUCACACAGGCUGUAUUUACCCUCUGACAUAUUUCCUCUCAUCGUAAUGACAUUAUGCUGUGUUCAGAGCUAGGUCAUGUCCCAAGUUGAGUUUUCUCUUCAGCUUUCUUGUGAGCUGAGGGGAAUAGCCAACACCAGAGCAGUGAUCAAUGAUCUUUUUGUAAGCGAACGCUGAAUCUGGCUGCUGUUUUGUAUUGGUAUAGAGAUCACUGGAACCUUUUCCCUGUAAUUCAUCGAGAGGGAUGAGAACAUCAGGGAAGCAAAACAUCUUUAUCUCUCGACCUUUUGAAAAAAUGGUUAAGAAAAUUUAUAUUUUAAUUCCAGCCACACGUCAGCACAGUUUUUACUUCUUUAUUCAACAACGCUUUCAUCAUUCUUGCUUCUGUUUUGGAAGAGACCAUAUCUGUUUAAGACAAGAAAACUUGUCAGGUUGUCUAUUUUGGGAGUUGAGUUUUAGGAGCUGCUGUUUCAAGGCUGUCUUGACUGCAGGGUAACAGAGCAGGAGACAUUAAUAAUACAGUGCAGUAUUCCUCAUAUGUCCAGGUACAGUGUAGUCAUGUAAAGACAACAGCUUUUCAGCUGUUGAUUCUUGGGGUGAAACCUUGGUUUCCUGCAUUUGAUGUAGGAGCUACCUCUUUCAGCUGUUUUGGUUGGCAUGUGCUGUAGGUUAGUAUACAUGUAUCAAACAAGGAGAUAUUGUGUACCCCAGUUUGAUUUCAUUAACAGUAUCCUUGUGAAACUUGUGUUUUCACUGCUCUGUGGAAUUUAUUCAAAGAUUACGUUUUGAGAAAUUGUACAAUACAAAUUCUUUCAUUCAAACAUUGUCCAAAGAAUCAACGCAAUAUCAAAUUCUUAAAAAAAAAAAAAAGGUAAUAGGCAUAGGUGCUGAUGCCUUCAGCCUGUACCGACAGUUUCUGCUCUGAUGAUCCGUUAUCACAGUGCAGCCACACCUGUAAAAAAUCUUUUAGAACAGUUGUGAUCAGUCUGUAAUCUGAACAAACCUUAGGAUAUCUUAAAGAGCCGUUUUGUUGUCAUCGCUGAAUAUAAACUGCGGCCAUCCCAACAUAGUGUGUGUGGAAAACAUUCAAAGUCAAACUUCAAGGUGAAUGUCAGCAAACCAGGACUAGAAUACACUUUACUGAAGAGGAAAAUCACCAUUCUAAGCCAUUAUUUUCUCCUGAACACCCUUGCUCUAUUCCUAAUAGUCAAAUUCUUGACUUGCCGCUGCUUUUUUUCCCGCAGAGGUGCAUCAUCAAUAACACACACCGGUUGGUGGAGCUGUGUGUGGCCAAGCUCUCUCAGGACUGGUUUCCUCUACUUGAGCUGCUGGCAAUGGCCACCAACCCUCACUGCAAGUUCCACAUCUACAACGGCACUCGUCCCUCAGAGACUGUCCCCGCCGGAGCACAGCUGGCUGAUGAUGAGCUCUUCGCAAGACCACCAGACCCACGCUCCCCUAAGGUGAGUCACCGCUGCAAUUGGUUGUAACUUAAAAUAAUUUUAUGUGUGUCUUGUGAGGAGGAUGGAAAAUAAUCUCGUACGAACAGCCAUUUCUCCCUCCAGAGGACAGUUGGUGUGUCUUUAUUUCGCCUGGACAGAAUCCACAAAGUGGCAUUUUAGAAUUACCCUGAGGGCCACACUGAAACAAAGAGAAUCCCUCUCUGGAGAAGUCUGAUAAUGAAAAAUCUGAAACUCACAGUCCCGAAGACACUUUGUGCUCGUGUCAGUUACCAGAUAGUAUAAAAGAGAAGGUGGAUACACCAGGGAAAAGGAAUUUUACUGUGAACGAGUGAUGAAUACAGCGUGGGCAUAGGGUCAGUUUAAACAGCACUGCAGCACUGCUAGCCUGUCUGCCUCUGUUGGCAGGGGGCCCAGGACUACUUAAGGUUCUACUGUGCAAUUAUGAAGUCAGAUUUUUCAACUUCUUUGUUUCAUUCAAGUUGAAAUCUAAUCAGACGUUCCCAAAUAUGAAACUGCAAAACAGAAACCAGACUCUGUUUUUGGCUCGAAGUUGGUUUUAAAAUAGGGAUUAAAUCAUUUCGGAAAGAGUUACCCUGAAAAAUGUUGGUGUACAGGUUUGUUUAGAUGAACUUGGCAGGAAAUAUUCAUGAAUCAAGUGAAAACAAAAUAUGAGGAAGUAUACUUUUCCAGUAAGUCUCUUAACAGGCAGGAAGGACAGUUUGUGAACUAUCUCUCAGCUAACGGAUGUGUUUCUCUCCCUUUUUCCCGUCUUUACAGGGCUGGUUGGUGGACUUAAUAAACAAAUUCGGCACGUUAAACGGGUUUCAAAUGUUGCACGAUCGCUUUAUGAGCGGCCAAGCACUGAACGUCCAGAUCAUCGCUGCACUUAUCAAGUGAGGCUCUCUUCAUUCCUCAAUAUGUCAGAGACCUCCAAAACAUAAUGUUGAUGUUUUUCCAGGUUUACAUGCCGACUGAUUUGACGCUCUCUCUGUUACAGACCUUUUGGCCAGUGUUAUGAGUUCCUCACAUUGCACACAGUAAAGAAGUACUUCCUUCCAGUCAUCGAGAUGGUUCCCCAGUUUCUAGAGAAUCUAACAGAUGAGGAGCUGAAGAAAGAGGCCAAGAAUGAAGCCAAAAACGACGCACUGUCCAUGAUAAUCAAGUCUCUGAAGAAUCUGGCUUCUCGCGUACCAGGGCAGGAGGAGACCGUGAAGAAUUUAGAGAUUUUUAGGUUAAAAAUGAUUCUUAGGUGAGUCCUAAAGAUCAUGUCUGUACUGCUCUGAGAUCAUCAUCAUCAUGUACCUUAAAUUGGAUUUGAAGCUAAUUGAAUAAUCGCUUCAUUUCUAUCAUCAGGUUAUUGCAAAUUUCUUCUUUUAACGGCAAAAUGAAUGCACUAAAUGAAGUCAACAAGGUGAUCUCCAGCGUGUCCUACUAUACCCAUCGGCAUAACCCUGAAGAGGAGGAGUGGCUGACUGCAGAGCGCAUGGCGGUAAGCGCAGAGCUGCGCUCCACUUCUGUGCUUCACAUCAAAGAUUUCUGGCCUUUUAACUCCAUCUCUCCUUUUUAUACGUCUUAUCACCUGACUCUAGGAGUGGAUCCAGCAGAACCACAUCCUGUCUAUCGUGCUGAGGGACAGUUUGCAUCAGCCUCAGUACGUGGAGAAACUGGAGAAGAUCCUUCGCUUCGUUAUCAAAGAGAAAGCGCUUACAAUGCAGGAUUUGGACAACAUCUGGGCGGCACAGGUACAGUACUGUUCGUGAUUCCAACGAUGAGUUUCAAACGUCACAUGCAAUAAUUGAAAACCAAAAUAUUUAUGUGGACUAUUUCUGAUUGUAUUAUGUUAUUUCUGCAUAAUUAUGUAGUUUUUACCUUUUGUCCGCAUUCAGUUUUCCUGUAUGUCCUUUGUCUAUGCCACUGUGCCUAUUAAUACCACGGAUCUCGGUGUGUUUUGGUCCAAUAGAAAAGCUUAAUUGGAUUAAGCUAUUAGACAAUUAAGCACUGCUACUUGAGCAACAGUGAUGUAACACAUAAUGACUUUAGGGAGGCUCUGCGGGGUUGUCACGACACCAGAACUUUGAUUUUUACAAGUUUUGUAUCAUGUUCAAACAAUCUCAAUACCUUUUUCAAUGUCACAGCAACAAAAAUCGAAUCCUCUGCACCAUGGUUAAUGGACAUAAUUUAAAUUCCCAUCUGGACACAUUGCUGGUACAGAAAAAUUCAGAGAACCAACGUUUGAGUCACUUUUAGAGAGCAGAAAUAAAAGGCAAAAUAACUAAUUUUUUUCCUAAAAAUGAUCUUUUAUCAAACAAAAACUCCUGAAUUAUCCUUUGUAGAUGUAUAUUUAAAAUCUCCAGGGGGUAGCCACUAUAAUAUUUAGUUAAUGACUGCAAUUUUCAAUCUCUGUUACCUGUACUGCCGCUCUCGUUCUCAUUAUUGUCUUAUAUCUCUAUGGUAAUCACCUACUGCUCCUCCCUGCGUCUCCUUUAGUCUCUGCAGCCUUGAAAAUAUGAGAGUCGAUCUGUUAUUUUAAUGAGCUUCAGUACAUUUAAAUUCCAGUGAAUAUAAAAAUAACACAUUGUGGCAUUUUAAAGCUCUUAAUAUCGAAAUGCAUCCAAAUAUCUAACAUUUCGACAACCUUAUUGUGUUGUUUGUGAAGAGCAAGAGUCUGGAGACAGUAAAGACUGUUAGACUACAUGACUUGACAGCCUGGCUGAGGUACUCAAGCUUUGUUAUAGUAGUGGAAGCCAAAAACCUUCUCCAUCAUUUUUUGUUGAGUUGGGAGUUUGGACUUAGCUGAUAUCUAUUUCAGUUUUUUACUCCUGACAAUGUAAGUAUGGGGUAGUGCUCACAUGGUAUGAUUGGCAUAGUGCACAAAGAAGGUAAAUGGUGUGAUUAGACCAAAAUUACACCUAGAAUACAAUGUCUGCAAUGUGAGAAAAACACAUCAGAAAUAACAGAAAGUGAGCUGUCAUCAGAAGUAGAAGUGUUUUUGCCAGAUGUCUGCAUUAUAACUGCAGUUACUCUCAGACUCUGCUGAGACGGUGAAGAAAGUAUUGGUUUACCAGACAGUCUUGAUGUUUCUGUGUAUCUGCAGGCUGGUAAGCAUGAGGCCAUCGUCAAGAAUGUCCACGAUCUUCUGGCCAAGCUGGCAUGGGACUUUUCCCCGGAGCAGCUUGAUCACCUUUUUGAUUGCUUCAAGGUGAGAGACUGUUUUGGUAAACCAGGGAUAAUGCAUCACAUCAAUGUUAUAGUGUUUCUGUUUCUUUUAACCAUUGUUCUUGGUUGUUCCCCUUGUACAGGCAAGCUGGACAAAUGCCAGCAAGAAGCAGCGUGAAAAACUGCUAGAACUCAUCCGGCGCUUGGCUGAGGAUGAUAAGGAUGGAGUGAUGGCCCACAAGGUCCUUAAUCUGCUGUGGAACCUGGCACACAGCGAUGACGUGCCCGUGGACAUCAUGGACCAGGCUCUUAGUGCUCACAUCAAGAUAUUGGAUUACAGCUGCUCCCAGGUACGUGUUUGGUUGUUGUAUUUGUUCUUGAUGAAUUACAUACAGCCUGACAGAUAAGAGGUUUGAUUGACUGACUAUGCUGUUUCAUUUCCACUCACAGGACAGGGACACACAGAAGAUUCAGUGGAUAGAUCGCUUCAUAGAGGAGCUACGAACCAACGACAAAUGGGUGAUCCCUGCCUUGAAGCAAAUCAGAGAAAUCUGCAGUCUCUUUGGAGAAGCCCCUCAAAACCUCAGGUGAGUUUGCAGCAAAAGAUACGAGUGUAAAACAAAUUGAGUAGAAAAUCAAUAUCAAAGGAACAUAUACUCUGCAGUUUUUGGUGAGUACAGAGUGGUUUAUUGCGUGUUGUUCAUAUCUAUUUGGCAGUAAAAAACUAAGACUCUUCAUUUUCACACUCAUUUAAAGAUCUGGAAGAGACACAGUUUGAUUUGUUACUCUGCAAGAAAACUCUUUAACAUCUGUUAGGAGAUUUUAACAUUAAUCACCACAAGCCCGAGCCAAGCUUAACAACAUCCAGCCAGUCUGACUCGCCCCUUCACUACAGCUGACUUGCUAAUUGUUAAGUCUGGUAACUAACUUGUCAAGCGCUCUCAGCAGGUUUUAAAAGUUUCUUUGAAGGUUAGACAUGACAAACUGUUGCAGCAGGAAAACCAGAGGAAAGAGAUGCAGCUUAAUGGAAUCUGGUUGCAUUGAUUUUAUUACUUUCACCUGAGUUUUUUCCUGUUCUGACAUGUUUUGAAUGUCUGCAGCGCAAAAUGUCAAACUGCUCCACAUGAUGAAUAAAAAAAAGCAAAGUCAGAAGUAUGAAAUGCUUUUACUGUCAGUGAGCAUGUCGCAGGAAAGCUAGCGAGCAAUACAGAACAUACAUUGAACCUUUACACUCUGUAACCAUCAUUUUAACUCAUUUCAGCAGGUUACAUAAGAAGUGUAUAUUUUAUGUCAAAAUAAAAGCCUAAUUUUACAGUAUAAGAAAGCUUCAAAAUAAAGGCUUCAUAAACUUUCCCUCUGCAAAGUUAACACAAACUGGGGAUCUCACUCUAGCCAAUACUGCGGUGUUUGGCUACUAACAGUGUAAAUCAUGAUGACAGAUAGUUGCCAGGUGACUUAACUUUUUGAGAGUUUUUUUGGAUUUCGUCAAAAAGAUGGGGUGUUUGUAACAAAUAAGAAGAAUUUUUACAGCCAUAAUAACUGUGAUGUGACAACACGUUUACACAAAUGUGCCAGGAAGGGAACAGAGUCUUGGAAGUUGACAAAUAUAAGCAUUUUUAACAUAACUAACUACAGUACUUUUUUUUGGAGAAAUGUAAUAUUUUUGUAGUCAUAAUGUCAAACGUUAAAAAGUAUUUUGGUUUGAAGUUUCUAGUCCAUGUAGAAAAUAUGCAGUAUGCAUGCCUGUUGUUUUUCAGAAAGAAAAUGCCAAUUAACAUACAAACGAACUUAGUGGGGUAAGUUGAGAGUCAAUUCCAGGGUUCUACCCGCUCCUGUGUUACGUCAAGUCUAACUUUCUCUUCAAGAUGUCCAUGAUGUACAUGAGAUAUGAAUCUUUGCUAUGAAUCUGCUUAGAGCUGCUGUGAGGAACUCUUUGUACUCUAGUGAUUUUGGCGCCCCCUGUGGACAAAGGGUCAUCUCUUGUCCUGAAUGUGUGAAAAUAACCUUAUACUGUCGCCUUCAAACAGUGAAAUCCAUCGCACUGUUUUUGCAGUGAAAAAAAGUAAAACGGCUGGUGAAUCAUCUGGUCCGACUCUUAGCACAGAGAAAUGAUCUUGAUUGCUAUUGGAGGACGUAAAGAGUCUUCAGUACCAGUUUGAGUCAAUUUCUCCACCAGUCAAACAUUCCUCACAACGCUUUAAAGCAAUGCUUUCUUGGGUUUCAUCUCAAAGGACUGGUUCCCCAGCCAGUUUACUGCACACAUGUUCAGUCAGAAAGCAGGUAACCAUGAAAGAAAACUUUACAACCCAGGAACUCAUCAAUCACAUAAGCUUGUAGCUCUCUACCUUCAGUUUGAAGUCACCAAGAGAUCAGAAUAGAUGUCAAUUUUCAAACACGUUUUGCUUGCACUGAUUGUUACUCAUUCACAAGCACUAGCAAUGACGAACAUGUCACCCCGAAUUUCCACCACGUCCCGAACGGCUCCAAUCCGUAAUGGCAGCAAUUUUCGCCGUCUGCCAGUUCCUACUGGAUCCGUUUGUGAGGCGAAUUUCAUGGCAGAUUACGGACAGCGGGGAAUCGCGAUAACAAGUUGUCUCCAGAAAGGCAGCCAUAUUACCAUAUAAGCAGUAGAUUGUGUCCUUCCAGAGGAGGAAAUCCACUUCUAAACUUUUAGAAUCAGCAUCUCUUCAUCCAUGGUGUUAAAAAUAGAACUCUAGCGAUCCGCAGAGGAACAGGAAGAAGCCGAUGGAAAUUGACACAAUAACUUGAAUGGUUAUGAUCAGCUGCGAUCUGCGGAUACGGCCUUUUCGUAGCCGUUCUGAAUGCGGUGGAAAUUGGAAGUUACUUUUGGCAGGUAUUCACAAAGUUAGUCAUUUUUCAGAAACAGGCAAAUGUUUGUAACUCACUUGGUGGUGGGUAUUAAUCUUGUAUUCAGUAAAGCACUUCACUUAGUAAGAAGCCAAAAAAAAAGUAAUAAUUGAGUGCGUACACGAAAUAGUUCUCUUAUCUUAGGCAGUUGCACAACUCAACCAGAGGUCCUUUGAGAUGGAGCCCCAUUCUUCCUGAAGCCAUCUUAUUCAGCACAAAUUACUCAAUGCAAAAUAUCAGAGGUAUUUCAUGUCUUGGGUCCACUCUUUCAAAUUGACGCUGAUGCAGACUCCUCAGCAUUUGCAUAUAGAUGUUGAACUUGGGGAAUAAUAAGCUGCAGAGUGUGUGAUAGAAUGCGCUUUUUCUGUUCAGCUUAAUUGAGCUGCCAAUAAGCAGCAACCUUGAAUCAUAGUUUUAAUGAAUCAGAGCCAUCUCUUUCUUAUGAUGAUUCAACAUCUGUAAUUGAACUGAUAUUUAUGUUAAUGAUUAUUGUGUGACUCUUUGCAAAAUGGUGGCUUUAUAAACGAAAUCAUGAGCUGCAGCCUCAUUUGAUUCUCAGAUUUAUUUCUAUGAUGUGGAAAACAAGGCAGGAAAUUACCUUUGUUGAUAUGACUUCUUCUGCUGGUUACUCUAUGACAAACACAAACACACAUUAUACACAUACCAGAAGCUGCCAUGACCCUGAAUUGGAAUCAGCCAUGCAAUGUUUUCUCGAUCAUGACAAAGUACGUAAUAUCAGCUGAAUUCUCUCUCUUUCUCUCCAUCGGAUCUGAACUGGAUGUCUGUUUGUGUCCUCUUUACAUCCUCCACUUUUCCCGCUGUUCUCUCCCCAGUCAAACCCAGAGAAGUCCUCAUGUGUUUUACCGCCACGACUUGAUCAACCAGCUGCAGCAUAACCACGCUCUGGUCACCCUGGUGGCUGAGAACCUCUCGGCCUACAUGGAGACAAUGAGGCAGUUCUCGAAAGGUACACACGGUCACAUCAUGGAAUAACAUCAACAUGUUCAUCGGAUAGUUACAUGAAUAAAGCAGCUGAAUGAGGGAUGUGGACUGUCAGCGCUCUGACUGCACUGGUCUUGUCUGCCUUUACAGAAGAACAAGCUGAGUUUGACCCCCAGACGGUCAGGCCAGGAAGCCGCUACAGCCAUGUUCAGGAAGUACAGGAACGGCUCAACUUCCUGAGGUACAGCAUCACCUUGAACGUCUCAUGCUCAAAUAUAUAAAAUGAAAAAAGGUGUUGUGUUUGCAUGAAAGCUGAGACUCUUGCCUGGUAACAGAAUAAAUCUGAUCUUAGAAAAGGUUCAAGUUUCAACAGAGGACUGGAGCUUUUCACCUCUUUCCUGCUAUCUUCUGCUCCUCAGCUCUCUGUUUGAGAAGCAGCUAUCUCUAGUUUAUAGAACCACCUCCGGGAGAAGAAAUCCCUGAAGGCUACCUUCGCCGGCUGUCAACUGCUCAGUCAGUGUGUUGGCUCGUGGAAUGUGUACCGAGCUACUUGUAAUGAGAGCCUGUCACCGUCUGAGCAGAGCAGACAUGUGAAACCCAGCUGAACCGUGUUUGUAAAUAGCUGUGAUUGGUUCUUGCAUGUUAUGUGCAAACAGUCAUAAAACUAUGUUUGGUUAUUUGCUUCAGACCAAGUGUAGUUGAUUAUAAAACUAGAAUGAGUGGGUGAAAACACGUGAGGAGGAUUUUAAAGGAACAUUUCACCGAAAAAAAAAAAUAUUAUGAAUGAACUACAGAACGAUUUCAAGCUUCCUGAACUGAUCUUGCUGCAUGCUUGAAGCCAUUUUUGAAUAACCUGAAGUCAUGCACAUCUUGCUGUAGCUCUUAUGUUUGGUUUAUCUCUAACUGGGAUCAGUUGUUUCAUCUUGUCAUUGUCCAGUAAUGCAUUAUAGACUUGUCACGAGUUUGGGGAUUGACCUUCUCUUGCAUGUGUACUUUGACCCAGAAGUGAAGGAAGCCAUCAUUGUCAAAGAUAGUAUCUCAUAUGUACCAACAGUUAAGCCUAGAGUACAGGGCUGGGAAGUUGAUAUGUUUUCAGUUAACCUCUUGCUAACUUGUGAGUCAGUUGUAUUGGUAUGUGACGACAUAGUUUCGCUAUAAAAAGGUCCAGUAGUGACGAGCUAAAAGGAGGUGUAAUGUCACUACACUGGAAGUGACAUACCGUAUUUUUCGGACUAAAAGGCGCGCUUAAAAUCCUUCAAUUUGCUCAAAAUUGAUAGUACGCCUUAUAAUCCAGCAUGCCUUAUGUAUGAUGAUUUGUUGUGCUUACCGAACGAUUUCUGUUGCUCCGCUCAAUGGAUAUUCGUAGCAUUACGGUACGCUGUGCCACUACCUGAUUGGCCCACUAACAGGACCCCUGAGCAGUCUUCAACACUGCCUGACUGUAAUGUCUAAACUAGAAGUGCAUUCAUGUAAGGCAGCCCGGGCCCGGAGUAAUCGCUAGCAACAAUAAACCAGUCAAUACUUAAUGCCUUAUGUGUAAACAUAGACACAUUAAUUUACAGUGUACUGUAUGAUCCGGUAGAGCUGGGACGAUAUGCUUUUCUCCCAGUUCAAGUCUUUUACGAUUUUUUUGGAUGCGGAUUUGAUUAAAUUUGCGAUUUUACGAUAUUGUCGAUUUUCUCGAUUUUUAAUCUGCAACAGCAGUGAAACAGCUGAAUGAUUAUAAUUGUCUAAAUACACAUCAUAUUUAAGUCAUUUUUUUAAGAUUUAUUCUUAAAUUAGAAAAAAAACAUUUUUGAACUUAAAAGUCGAUUUAGAAAUUGUGAAACAAAAAAUUUCGAUAUGUGGAUUGAUUUUCUCUCCCGCCCCUAUAAUCCGGUGUGCCUUAUCGCCUGAAAAAUACAGUACAUUUGUCUGUAAAUCGAUCCUCACCCAGUGCUUGCAGACAGUGGUCCAAUUAAAUUGUCAAAAUCUGAGUUUGUAUCUAUGCGUUUGUGUUAGAUGUCAUGUAGAAAACAAAUUGUCUUUAAGUAAAACACAUCCUUCAAAGAUGACAGACUUCCAUUAAACCUGUGUGAGCCGUGCAGCACAUUCAGAGUACUCAAGCUUCGUUGUUCUAGUACUUUGUUCAAGGACAACAGUAGGUUAUAAAUAAGGAGAAGGUGCCACCCAGAGACUUCAUACACCUCUCACUGACUAUUUUGAUUCAAGUCUGAGACCUACAACCCGACCUUCACAAGGUAGCCUCUCUAACCUUCAAGCUGCCGCUGUCCACUAUUGAUUUGCUCUUUGUUGUCUUUUUCAGGUUCCUGCUGAAAGAUGGCCAACUGUGGUUAUGUGCCCCUCAGGCCAAGCAGAUCUGGAAGUGCCUGGCUGAGAAUGCGGUGUUUCUCUGUGACCGUGAGGCCUGCUUUAAAUGGUACAGCUUGAUUUUCCUCUUUCUCUUUCAGGCAUGAAUUAUUUUCUCCUUUCCUUUAUCGAUCAGCAAAACAAUUGCUCUGGUGCUUUCUACCGCUCCCUUGUAGGUACUCAAAGCUGAUGGGGGAUGAGCCGGACCUGGAUCCAGACAUCAAUAAGGACUUUUUUGAGAACAACGUCCUGCAGUUGGACCCAUCUCUGCUCACGGAGAAUGGCAUGAAGUGCUUCGAGAGGUUCUUCAAGGCUGUCAACUGCAGGGAGGGCAAGCUGGUAGCAAAGCGCAGAGCCUACAUGAUGGAUGACCUGGAACUAAUAGGCUUGGACUACCUCUGGAGGGUGAGGAGAUUUGUUCCAACAGGCACACACAAACCCAUGUUUUUGAUUAUUUGGUAGAUGAAAGUGCUGUGCCACUCUUUUUGCUGGCUGCAUUUUUUCUAUUACCUUUUACAAAUUGAAGACCUUGGUAAGAGAGAACCGUUUAGCCACCUUUGAUACCAUAAAAUGUCUUGAACUAAGAAAUGCCUGACGUUUUAAAGGCUCUGGGUUGGAUAAAUAUUUUGUUUGCAUAUUUCAGAGAGGAUUUUGUUCAGCUAGGCCUCCUUCUAAUCUGAAAUUUAUUGAAGAACUACAUCUUUCAAGAGCAAUCACUCACAUAAUGUGCUGUACCUAGUUUUCUCGCACUCUUACAUGUUACUUCAUGCAUCUGUAAGCCUUGUGGCACUUUAGUCGGCUGAACAGGUGAAGGGAGGGAAGCAGAGAGAAGCUGCUCUGUCCCUCUUCUAAUGGAAGAAAUGAAGAUGUGUGUUUUUUUGCUAAGGUUUUAUUAAGUAUAUAUUUAUGUUUUCUGGCAUAUAAGUAGAUCUCAGUUCAUAGAACUAAAACUCUCAUGUUGCGCAAUGAUUCAUGUCAACACAGCCUAAACCAUACCCGAGAGUAUAAUAAUCAGUGUGUAGCAGAUAAUGAGGCAACACGAGUUAUGAGGCUCUUAGUGUUAUGGAUUCAAUUGUAAGUUGUUUUGAAGAAAAUCACCAGCCAAGAAGAAAUGGCUGUAAUGGCUCCAUUCUAUCUGAAACCUUCUCCCCUUACUCACAAAGCUGCAGUUUCUAUGUUCGUAUUGUUGGGAAAAUUUGAAGUGUAAAACAGAAAAGAACUAGGAUUUUGCAAGAGGGAUGUAUGGUGUUUUGUUUCAACCACAGUGAAGUAAAGGAGAGGAAAGUGAUUUUGUGAUUGUUGAUACUCCAGAGGCUUUUGAAUCUAAUCUAUAGAAGCAUUUUGUGGUUAUCCUGUGUCAAGAAACGGCAAAAGAGAAGUAAAAAUAAAGAGGAAAAUGAAGUGCAAACGUUUCCAGACAGCAGUGUCCCACACGUCAGGUAAUCCAAGUGAUGUUAGAGGCCACUCAGCAAAUCAUCACCUUCAAAAUAUUUGAGAAAAUGCAAAAAAAGGAAAAAAAUCUACACAGGAUGUUUCGGAUGUUUUGGAUGUUUCCCUGCUCCAACACACCUGAUUCAAAUGAUUAGCUCGUUAGCAAGCUCUGUAACGAGCUGAUCAUUUGAAUCAGGUGUGUUGGAGCAGGGGAACAUCCAACACAUUCAGGACAGUGGGCCUCGAGGACUGGACUUGAGAACCACUGCUCUAGGGGAAGGGUUUACAGCCUUAAUUUCCCAUAACAGUUUCAGUUAUUUGUGUUUUUUUUUUCUUUUUUAAUAUUGCAAGAAAUACUGUAACCUUGACUUGCUGCCAAAAUAUUGUACCAUCCAUAAGUUUUAAUAUUCUUUGUCCUUUUUUCAUGCGUCUUUCUUCUCUUAUUGCGUCAUCGUAAAAACAGAGCUCUGAGCAAACACAAGUCUAUAUGCAUAUAAAAUGUCACAGCUAUGUGAACAGUCAGGGUUUGGAAGUGCCACGACACUUCAAAGAUAAAUCCUCAGACCUUGUGUUAGGGGUGGUUAUGAAACCCUUCUUUAAUCUGGAGAAUUGAUCUCUACAGACACAUAAGCACACCUGCAAGUCUGUCUCUUUGUGUUACAAAACGUUUUUUUUCUUUUUCAGGUUGUUAUUCAAGGUAGUGAUGACAUUGCCAGCCGAGCUAUAGACUUGCUGAAAGAGAUCUACACAAACCUUGGACCAAAACUACAAGUCAACCAGGUAGGGUGACUCCCUCUGCUCAAAUAUUUCAACAUGAAGUGUAUGCAUCAACUGACGUGUCUUUAAGACGUCAAAGUUACUUUCAUUUAUCUCUGGAUCUCUUUCUUCUCCUUUCAGGUUGAAAUCCAUGAAGAUUUCAUUCAGUCAUGUUUUGACCGUCUGAAGGCGUCUUACGACACGCUGUGUGUGUUAGAUGGAGACAAAGAUAGCAUUAAUUGUGCCCGACAGGAGGCUAUUCGCAUGGUGCGAGUUCUCACUGUGCUCAAGGAGUACAUCAAUGAGUGUGACAGUGAUUACCAUGAAGAGAGGACUAUACUGCCGAUGUCAAGGUACAAAUAUGAUGAUACUGAGUCGGCUCUUCUAUAAAUACUGUAGAUACUCUACUUUAAAUCAACAUUAUUAUAUUCUGAUGCUGAGAUGACCUUUUGAAGUUAUAAGAAUCCAUCGAUAUCGUCUUUUUAUAAAUGUUUGUUACUUAAUUCAGAAGCUUAACCUAAAACCUCUGUCUUUUUAUCUCUUGCAGAGCUUUUCGUGGGAAGCACAUCACAUUGAUCGUCCGUUUCCCAAACCAGGGGCGUCAGGUGGAUGACUUGGAUAUUUGGUCCCACACGAAUGACACAAUCGGUUCAGUCCGACGUGGCAUCCUGAACAGGAUCAAAGCCAACGCUGCACAUACAAAGAUAGAGCUCUUUAUCGGCGGGGAGGUUGUUGAUCCAGCUGAUGACAGGAAGCUGAUUGGACAGCUCAAUUUGAAGGACAAAACGGUAUGAAUUCUGCGCUAGUAUUACCUCUGUUGUUGUUGACCUUAAAAAUGCUCUGCUGUUUCUGCUUAUGUUUUCGCAGGUCAUUAAUAACCAAUAAGAAUACUCGAUCUGAAAACAUGUGAAACAUUGAAAGAAGCUUGUAUAUCUGCUGCUGAAUGAAUGAACAUAAACCACGUUUAGUUGGAACCGGACUGGCAUUAACCGGUUGUAAUAUUUAUGUGUAGCUGAUCACGGCCAAGCUGACCCAGGUGAGUGCCAACAUGCCUUCCAGCCCAGACAGCUCGUCUGACUCAUCCACCGGCUCCCCUGGUAACCAUGGCAACCACUACAGCGAUGGGCCCAACCCUGAGGUGGAGAGCUGUCUUCCUGGUGUGGUGAGUUAAACAGCACAGAUAAAUAAUGCACUGCAUAAACAGAUAUUCCCUCUCGCCUGCACAUACAUCGCUGACAUUCAAAAGGCGGAGUGGGGUCGUGUUUACAGUGUGAAUUGAAUCACGCUGAUUUGAUAAGAACUUGAAGUAAAACAAGCACUCUUUUACUUGUUUGUCAAACUCAUGUGCUCAAAAUGCCAGCAUGACUUACCCUGGUGUGUUUACAUCAGUUAUUUUUUGCUGUAACCCCUAAAUCGGUGAUUUUUUUCACGUAACGGCGACACUCUUUAACACUCCCUGCUUUUUAUUCCACAGAUCAUGUCGCUGCAUCUUCGCUAUAUCUCCUUCCUGUGGCAAGUGGCAGAUCUGGGCUGUAACCUCAACAUGCCCCUGCUUAGAGAUGGAGCUCGAGUUCUGAUGAAACUCAUGCCCCCAGGUAUACAGGCACCUCUUCUCUUAACACAAGGCAGUUCGCUUAGGGAAAUCGCACACCCACGCAGACUGGCAUUCAGACUUUGUCAACUCACCUGCCAUAUUUUUUACCUUCAGAUAACACUACGGUAGAGAAUCUGCGAGCUGUGUGUUUGGAUCAUGCUAAGCUUGGGGAGAACAGCCUCAGCCCCUCCCUGGACUCUCGCUUCUUCGGCCCCUCACCUUCACAAGUGCUCUACCUCAUUGAGGUAGGUCUCACUAUGGUUAACUACCACAUGGUGUCCAAUUUCAGACACCUGGAUGUGAAUAUUAAUCCUGGUGUUUUUGUUUACCCGUCCUGAGAUGUUGAUUAUUCCUCGUGUCUCUCUGUUUUAUUCUGUGAUCCCUGUUUGUUGUGGUUUUCAAGCAUGUGUUGAACUCUUUAUAACUCUUGUUUUGAAAAGGACUCUAUCAAAAGCUCAUCUAUUAUUGUUUUGUACAGAUGUUGUUCCAGUCGGACAGCUUGUCAGCUCUGUUCACAUGCAAAAAUAGCGUAUGAAUAUGUAUCCAGUCCAAUAAGUUCAUUAGCAGGAAAGCUGCAGAGAAUUUAACGUUUCGGAGUUUGUGCAUUUAUUCAAUCAAGAAAACCACGCUUUAAAACUCUGUGAAAAGAAAGCUUACAUUAUUCAUGCCUCUGUUUCAGGUUGUUUACGCGCUGCUGAUGCCAGCCAGUGCUACUCUGGGCGAGGACGCCAGCGACUUCCAGUACAACUUCUUAAAGAGUGGUGGGCUGCCCCUGGUGUUGAGCAUGCUCACGAGAAACAACUUCCUCCCAUCAGCUGACAUGGAGACACGGCGCGGGGCCUACCUCAAUGCUCUGAAGAUCGCUAAGCUCCUCCUCACUGCUGUAGGCUUCGGGCAUGUGAAAGCUGUGGCUGAGGCCUGCCAGCCGAACGCAGAGGGGAAUAUUCCUGUCUCUCCGGUUAGACCACACAUAUAACUCACACAGAGGUGAACCCGCAUGACUGGUUUUCUUCGUGGCUGUCUGCCAUAUCUCUGACAUCACGUCUUUUGCUUGUGUGCAGAUAAAUCAAGCCACUCAUGACCAGGCUCUAGUCCUCCAAAGCGCCCUACAAAACAUCCCCAACCCCGCCUCAGAGUGCAUGCUGCGCAACGUAGCCAUCCGCCUGGCCCAGCAGAUUUCCGACGAGGUAACAGAAAAUGUAAGUAUCAGCUAAAGGGUUUGUACGAAUUCACAUUCAUCAGACAUGCAGCGACAAUGAACUUAGAUAUGUAGAUUUAAGUAGAAGCAUCCUGUCAGGUAUUUUUGUCAGAUAAUGCUGUAAACAAAGUUACAACUUGGUGAUGUUAAAUCAAUGUAAGAUUAAAUAUCACAUUUUUAAAGUGGGUGUAAGGAUGAUUAGCAAAUUUUAAAGCUUAUAGUUAUUUUAAAACAGUGCAUUGAGAACACAUCAUCAAACUUCUCAUUUGAAUAUUGGAAGUCAGCAACACGUUUCAAAACAGUUAGGACAAGUGCAUGUUAACUAUUACGUUGUGUCACGUUUACUUUUACCAACACUUAACUACGAUUUGGGAAUCAGAGGAAGAGCAUCUCACCGAGUUUUGAAAGUGAAUGUUAUCCCGUUUUUUUAAAGGAGACUGAAGGAUUUCAGCUGGUUUCCCUUUAUGUCAUGAGGCUCAAAAUGUUUACAAUAAGUGACAAGUCAAGACUUUAGGUUGGCCAGUGAAGCGUUGAGACUCUUCUACUACAAAGCUGUGCUGUUAAAAUAUGUGAAAAAUGCAAAUUUGCCUAAAUACAGCAUCCUCUUGCUGUAUUUAGGCAAAGUCUAGAAAACUUUGAUUUGUCAGACAACAGGACAGUGAUCCAUUUUGUGUCAGUCUCUCUUAAAUGAGCCAGAGAAGACUCAGACAGUUAGUAUGGUUUCCUCUCUGCAUGGCACAGAUUGAAUUGGCAGGGUUGUGGAUGCAGCGACAAAUGGUGGUUUUUAGAUGUGAUUUUAUGCCCAUGCAGUUACUUCCACUGCAGAGUCAGAUUGAAGAUAACGGCCAUCCAGUAUCAUUAAUUGGCUUUGUCAGUGCAGAGAUUUCUCCGGACUCUUGAGUGUUUUAGCGAUAUUAUUAUCCUGUAAAUGAUGAAAUCCUCAACUUUUCAGUUUAAGGCUGAGGAACUUUAUUCUGGAAUUGCUCCACUAUUUUCUCACCCAGUCUCUCACAGAAUGUUGAAAUUCUUCCCAUGUUUACUUCUGAUAGACCUGACCUCUCAAUUUUGUUUUAUACUCAGCCAUAAUACAAACCAGUUCCAAAUGAAUGCAGUUAGUUUGGAGAUUCUCUUCCAGAUUUUUUUUUUCCACUUUAUGCAUUUCUUAGUUUUCAAGUGUUUGUGGUCUCAGUCCAAACGGUUUUGAAACAUGUUGCUCGCAUCAAAUUUAGAUGAGCAUAUAUUUUUCAUAAAACAAAAACUGUUUCAGUUUGAACACAUUUGUUUUCUUUGCACUCUUUUAAAUCAAAUUUUGUUGCUGUCAGCACUUAACACGUCCUCCCAACAAUCUCAUGUUGGUUAUACAUGACUACAGAAAAGUUUUUUUUUUCUAAAUAUAUCAAUUCAAACAAAUGCUAGAUGAGUAAAUAAAAUUCCUUGUAGUGUUUGUAAUCACGGCCUUUCCUGGGAAUAUUUUUUUCACCAGAAUUUCUUCCAGGCAUCGAAGUACAUCCCAGACAUUUGUGUGAUCAGAGCGGUGCAGAAAAUAGUAUGGGCGUCCGGCUGUGGCACGGUGCAGCUCGUCUUCAGUUCAAAUGAAGAAAUCAGCAAGAUAUAUGAGAAGGUGGGUUUCCUUUGAAUUCUCCUCUUUGAGAAAGCUUUCUUCCGUGACUGUCAGCAUCAGUAUCAAUAUAAUAAACUGAACAGCAGGCAGGAGCAUAUUGAGUGACAGCUGUGUUGCACAGUCUUCAAUAAUAGAUGCAGACUGCUGUGGGACCAGGGGAGGCAGGACAGCUCGGUCUCAAAAGGUCCUUAGCUUUGAGCAAGGUUCAACCAGAGGACAGAGUCCUUUUGACGGGCUUUUAGGGAUAAGGAUGUAAAAAAUGCAGUGCUCUGUGUAUUUUUUAGAUAAUGUUUUCCUCUCUUUCUUUUUUUUGAAUAUUAGACGAACGCAGCCAAGGAGCCAGAUGGGGAAGAUGAGCAGGUGUGCUGCGAGGCCCUGGAGGUGAUGACACUGUGUUUCGCCCUCAUGCCCACGGCUCUGGACACACUAAGUAAGGAGAAGGCCUGGCAGACCUUCAUCAUAGACCUGCUGCUACACUGCCACAGCAAGUGAGUACACCUGGAUGCAUCCUUCAAGCCUCGGUGGGAGCAGCAUUUCACAGAGCUGAACGAAUUUCAUGAUGCUGAUUUCAUUUCUUCAAAACAGAUCUGUGCGUCAGAUGGCUCAGGAGCAGUUUUUCCUGAUGGCGACUCGAUGUUGUAUGGGCCACAGACCCCUCCUUUUCUUUAUCACCCUGCUCUUCACUGUGCUGGGGGUGAGUUGAUGUAUAUCCUGUGUACCUAAAGGCUUGAGAAGUGUCUCCCUGUCUUUAUUAGAGGCAUUAAGCACCACCAGCUGCCAGCUGUUGGCUUAGAGGACUCUUAAUUUUAAAUGUAUGUGUCCUCCAUUGACCAGAGCACUGCCAAGGAGCGAGCCAAACAUGCCGGUGACUACUUCACUUUGCUCCGACACCUGCUGAAUUAUGCUUACAACAGCAACAUCAACUUGCCAAACGCUGAGGUGCUGCUCAACAAUGAGAUCGACUGGCUGAAACGGAUAAGGGUUAGUUAUAUAUUCAUGACCUGGAUUAAUGCCCUCAGCAUUCAAACCAGUGUAUUUUGUCUCAUGAAAGAUUGCUUUACUUCUCUCACAGUCGAGGUUUUCAAUGUGUUUUCAAUGACUAGGAUGAGGUCAAGAGGACAGGGGAGACCGGUGUGGAGGAGACAAUCCUGGAGGGCCACCUCGGGGUCACCAAAGAGCUCCUAGCCUUCCAGACACCAGAGAAGAAGUAUUACAUCGGCUGUGAGAAGGGAGGAGCCAACCUCAUCAAGGUAGACCAAACAGACCAAACUUUGAAAUAAGAUGGAAAAAUGUCUACAGUCUCCUUUUCACAACCUCACACAGAGAUCUUCUGUCAUUUCUCUUGAUCAGGAGCUGAUAGACGACUUCAUCUUCCCUGCAUCGAAUGUGUACCUGCAGUACAUGAAGAGUGGGGAGUUCCCCACAGAGCAGGCCAUCCCAGUCUGCAGCACUCCUGCUUCCAUUAACGCCGGCUUUGAGCUCCUGGUGGCUCUAGCUGUGGGCUGCGUCCGCAACCUCAAGCAAAUAGUGGACACUCUGACUGACAUGUACUACUUGGGUAUGGAGAUAAUUGUGUGGUCAUUUCUCAGUACUUCAGCGAUAAUCUCCGAAUGCCAUCCCAUAUUUACGCCCCUCUCUCCCCUCCAGGUUGUGAGACACUGACAGAGUGGGAGUAUUUGCCACCGGUGGGGCCCCGGCCGAACAAAGGAUUUGUGGGUUUGAAGAACGCAGGAGCCACUUGUUAUAUGAACUCCGUCAUUCAGCAGCUGUACAUGAUCCCUCCUAUACGCAACGGCAUCCUGGCCAUCGAGGGCACAGGCACAGAUGUGGAUGAUGACAUGUCAGGGGACGAGAAGCAGGAGAACGAGGUACAGUGAGAGUUUUGUGCCACUGAAGCAAAACGAUCGUAUUGUAUAUCAAUAUUAGAAAUAGCUGCUGUUGUUUUUGACAUUGUAGCAACAGGCUGAGUCACUCGCAUGUCGCCACAAAUUACACUCAAUUUUCAACAGCGGGCAUAAAUAGUCCUGAUAAGAUAAUCAUCUCUAAUGAGAACGGUCUCCAUUCAGUCAGAAAUUUCUCAGAUUAACUUAAAUUGCAUGGUUGUGAUCAGAAUCAGAACAUACCAAGAAAGAGUUGUUAUUGAUAAAGAGACAAGUCAUCAACUUUCAUGAUGUCCCUCCAGAGUAAUGUGGACCCACGGGACGAAGUGUUCAGCUACCACCAUCAGUUUGAUGAUAAACCCUCCAGUAAGUCAGAGGAUAGGAAAGAGUACAACAUCGGGGUACUGCGCCACCUACAGGUCAUUUUUGGACACCUGGCUGCAUCCAGGUUGCAGUACUACGUCCCAAGAGGAUUCUGGAAACAGUUCAGGUAUAUUGAAGUCAUGUGAUUUUAACUUUUUGGAUGAUUGUUUACCAGCCACUGAUUCUAAUCUGUAUUUUUGGUCCAUUCUUUCUUAGGUUAUGGGGUGAGCCUGUGAAUUUGAGAGAGCAGCACGAUGCUCUGGAGUUUUUCAACUCUUUGGUGGACAGUCUGGAUGAAGCUCUGAAAGCUCUGGGUCACCCUGCCAUGCUCAGCAAGGUGCUCGGAGGGUCCUUCGCAGACCAAAAGAUCUGUCAGGGAUGCCCCCACAGGUGAGGACAUAAGCUCAGCGACAUUAAACCGAGGAUUUGCUUGAGGCUCAUCUAACCGAAGAUUUUGUUGUGUGCUUAGGUAUGAGUGUGAGGAGUCAUUCACGACACUCAAUGUAGAUAUCAGAAACCACCAGAACCUGUUGGACUCCAUGGAGCAAUACGUUAAAGGAGAUCUGCUUGAGGGAGCCAACGCCUAUCACUGUGAGAAGUGUAAUAAGAAGGUGAGAAUGAAGCACCCAGCAGAUGGAAGAGUACGAUAAGCUGCCAUGAUUAAAAAUAGGCAUCUGGAGGUGUAAAUGGCCGUGUUAAGUAUGUAACUUCCUUUUAUUUAUGAACUAUUCAAAGAGCUAAACAAGAGUGUUUUCUCUCCUUAUCAGGUGGACACAGUAAAGCGCCUGCUGAUUAAGAAGCUCCCCCCAGUCCUGGCCAUCCAGCUGAAGCGCUUCGACUACGACUGGGAGAGGGAGUGCGCCAUCAAGUUUAACGACUACUUUGAAUUCCCCAGGGAGCUCGACAUGGAGCCGUACACGGUAGCCGGUGUGGCGAAGCUGGAGGGCGAUGAUGUCAACCCGGAGAACCAGGUGAUCCAGCAGAAUGAGCCCUCUGAGCCCACACCUCCGGGAAGCUCGAAAUACCGUCUGGUGGGAGUGCUGGUCCACUCAGGCCAGGCCAGUGGCGGACACUACUAUUCCUACAUUAUUCAGAGGAAUGGCGGUGACGGCGAGAAGAACCGCUGGUAUAAGUUUGACGAUGGUGAUGUGACUGAGUGCAAGAUGGACGAUGAGGAGGAGAUGAAGAACCAGUGCUUUGGAGGGGAAUACAUGGGCGAGGUGUUUGAUCACAUGAUGAAAAGGAUGUCGUACAGGAGGCAGAAGCGCUGGUGGAACGCCUACAUCCUUUUCUAUGAGCGAAUGGACUCACUGGACAAGGACAGCGAGCUUGUCAAAUACAUCUCAGAGUUGUCCAUCUCCUCCACCAAGCCGCAUCAGGUCAAAAUGCCUGGUGUCAUCGAGUGCAGCGUCCGCAAGCAGAACGUCCAAUUCAUGCACAACAGAAUGCAAUACAGCCUGGAAUAUUUCCAGUUCAUUAAGAAACUUCUGACCUGUAACAGUGUCUAUUUAAACCCUCCUCCAGGUAGGCAUCACUUUCUCUCUGUGUGUGGUAAGAGUUACGGAUGAAACAUAGUUUUCACAGGAUUUGAUAAUUCUGCAUUGAUUCUGAAUUGAAUGAAUGACAUUUAUUUUGUUUAUACAUUACAUUAUGAUGACAAAGUGUGAAUCUGAAAUGAACAAAAACAAAAUACAAAAUAUUACAUAUGUUCAGUGGUUCUCAAGUCAAGUCCUCGAGGCCCCCCGUCCUGCAUGUUUUGGAUGUUUCCCUGCUCCAACACACCUGAUUCAAAUGAUCAGCUCGUUAUUAAGCCAUUACAGAGCUUGAUAACGAGCUGAUCAUUUGAAUCAGGUGUGUUGGAGCAGGGAAACAUCCAAAACAUGCAGGACGGGGGGAGCUCGAGGACUGGACUUGAGAACCACUGUCCUAAACAAACCGUGGGAUAUCCCAGAUAUUUUUAUCAGCAAAAAGAAAAAAUAACUGUAGAAAAAAAUAGAAUACAAAACAAAAACACAACAAUAGAAUGAUAACUCUAAAUUAUAGUCCUCAAUUAUUUAAAAUUUUAAAGCUUUUUUGAAAUUUAUCACGGAGCUGCACAAUUUAAUUUUAUCAGUUGAGGAUUUUAGGGAUUUUAAAAAAAGGAACUCUUCAGACUUUGAGUUAUCCAUGUGUGAGUUAGUUGGGUUUCAGUUCUGUCAUUUUUAGAGAAAAGGGGGGAACGCCGUUAGAGAUGUUAGUGUUCAACUUUUCAUGCUGCAAAUGUACCCUAUAGUAGCUUAACAAGCAGCAUUUAGCUGACAGGUAGUGCCUCAGGUGUGUGUUACUGGCUGGGGUCUGCACUGAGGUCAGCGUUUCCUCAUAUAAAAAGGUAAUAUACUGUAAAGCUGUACAAUUCCAGCACUGUUACCUGCUUUGCGUGUUUGUGAGAGGGGUAAACACAGUCAGCAGCAGAGCAUGUCUCUCUUUUGUUGCAGUCAGGCUGGUGAUAGUGGAUCACCAUGGUAACUGGACAUACUGUGUCUGUCACUCUGACACUUUCCUUUGACUCUUUAUUUUGCUGUUGUGAAGGUGUCAUAAAGCUCCUGCGGGGAGUUUUUUCAUAUUCAUGAAAUAGAGUGAACUUCAUAUUGAUGUCUGUUUAAGUCAUACAAAAGCAAACAAGACCAUCAGAGAUCAGAUUGAGGAUUUUUAUACUGUAAUUCUAGAUGCAUAAAACUGGUUCAGGGGGGUCGGUAUCUGCCAAGCAGCUGAAAAAAAACACAUAAAGCAAAAUCCGCUCUGUCCACAGGGGCGCCAAAAUUGACAUACUGAAAGCCCCUCACAGGAGCUUUGAGGAGAUCAACAGAAAACAAGGCUGCAGAUGAUUUUUAAAAGCUACAGAGAAGCUGUUUGAACCAGACUGUGCUUACAUUGUGCCAGAAAAGUUCAAGGAAGAGAGGGGGGAAAAGUGAAUAAAACUAGAAACUGGGGAAGAAAAACAGAAAUUGGUGCAAAGGAAAUCAUUUAAAGACUGUGAUUAAAAGCUAUUUCUUGUUGGCAUUUACUCAACUAGAAGGAUCUUAGGAUGCUGGUUAAGUUACUCCUUAACUUUAGUGAUUUAUUUGGGCAGUUACAAUUGUGAUUUGUGACCUGCUCUGCGCUCUCUACACCUUCCUUUUCUUCUCUUUACAAAUCACAUUCUUGAUAAACAUAUUCUGAUGUUUAAAAGAGUAUUAGGGCAGCCACAGUGCGGUCACCCAAAAUGUGAACUUUUGCAGAAAUAUACACAAAAGCUGGAGGUUUUUACUAACAUUACAUUCAGUAAACGCCGGUUAAGAACACGAGAUUAUGACAUUAACAGUCUUUACACUGCGUAGAUGUUCAGACCUGUUUGAUUAUAAGGCCAAUGGAAGUUGAAACCCCAUUUUUGAUUUAUAGUCACCAUAUUACAAGUGGAAUGAAAAGACUAAAACCAAUUUAAGAGAGGAAAUUAUAACUCUCAGGAGGAGACAGAUAUCAGACACAUUUUUCUUUUGUUUGACAAGGAUUAAGUCUAAGGAGCCCAUGUUUUUUAAGUUGGGGCUUUAUGUGUGGCUGUUAAAGUAGUAUGCUGAUACAUUUUUUAAAGGAGCUGAGUUGUCACAAGAAUAAUCUCCUUUAGGUUCCUAAAUUGCCUGCCAGUUAUUCCUGAUCAUUUGCUCCCUGCUUGUGAUUGAUGAAUACCACUGAGUCUGUGAUCAGAUAUCCGUUUUAUAUAAGUCAAAAACAGACUCAGCCAUUACUUAAAAAGGUUUUGCUUUAAUGUCGGUCUUUUAUCUUAAUAAUGUAAAUGGUACACUUGUGUUGGUAUGGCUCAACACUUGGGGGUGCAAAGUUGUAAGAGAGACAGAAAAAGCACAGUAUGGCGUCAUUCCCUCAGUUAUUACUCUGCGUGUUUGAUAUCUCUGCGGGGUUUCUUUUAUCUUGUGAACAGCGAUAAAAGCCUCAUGUCUCAGCUGUGGAUUUCCUUUCAAAGAAAGCGGCUACUGUCUGAGCUUAAUCACGUAAUCUCUGCUGUUCGUGUCUGACCAAUAACGUUUUCAAGUGGUACCAACAAACACACAGCAUCUCUGUGGAAAGACAUGAUGUUCUGUAGAGUUGAGCACGGGCUUGCCGAGAAAUGCGCUUCCCUCCGUAAUGCAUUAUUAAUGGAGUCAGAGCCCUGUAAUGAUCCGCAGGAAAAUAAAUGCUCAGAAGCAGUGAUCAGCACCACAAUGCUUGAUUUCGACGGGAUGAUUCAGAGUCAAAGAACCUACUGUGUGUGAAGAUGGGUGAUAGAGUUUGUCUGCGUGUACAUAAUCAUUUUUCAGCAGAGGCAAAGUGAAUUUUAACGAAUACAGUUUGUGAGAUGGACUUCAAGACAGGCCAUCCACUGAGCCAGAAGACUCGACUGGAAAAAAACAGACAAGUUUGCUUGUUCUGAGUCGAUUUUUUCAGUCUACUUCUUUUCAAUUGCUCGCCAUCUUUGUUUAUGUUGAGUCUCAGCAGGACCAGACAAGAUUUCUGUUUCUCAGCUUUUGAUAUCACCAGGUGUACAGGAAGUGAAGUAAAUGCAUUUUCAUCAAAUUAAUUCUUUUUUCCGUCGUGCUGGAUCUGCAACAAAAUGAUGUCUAUGAGGUUGAAAUUAAACCUUUCCCUUUCAACUUGAAGAUGUCAGUUUGGGAGGAAAUUGUAGCUAAAUUAUUUAAAGUCUCUGGUUUAUAUGGGAGAAAUUCAGAUUUGAGAAAGCCUCAAUGAUUGGUUGAUUGAGGGAAAUGACCGUACAAUGAUUUGGUAUUUCAGUUAAACAUUUCUAGCCACUUUUCAAGCAUGAUGAUCAAGAAUUUGAGCUCCAUCUGUUUUGUUCUAUGAAUUCUCUGAAUGUUUUAUUCCUUUUAUUCUACUUCGAAUAGACUUUAACUUUGAGUGAAGCAAAAUGAGCAUUUUAGAGACAUUACACUGAGCUGUGGGACACUUUGACAAAUGUUUUAGAAAUGUUGAUUUCUUCCAGAACAAAUAACUGUCAGCUUAAAAGCUAAAAAGGUCAUUACUAGUAACAACUGCUUGCUUUUUUUCUUUCCGACCCAUGUGGUUUCUCAUACUGUGUUGUCUCAAAACUUCGAAUUUGCAUCUGGAUCAUCUUGAUAGAGACUGUUUUCCUGCUUUGUCAUUCACUGUUUUUGAACUGUGAAAACUAAGAAAGUGACAUUAAUUAUUUUUCAAGCGUCAUUUGAUUUUAUUAUUAUUAUUUUUUUUAUCAGGACAAGACCAUCUUCUGCCCGAGGCAGAGGAGAUUGCUAUGAUAAGUGCUCAGCUGGCUGCUAGGUUCCUCUUCAGCACAGGUUUUCACACCAAGAAAGUAGUCCGGGGUCCUGCCAGUGACUGGUAAGCUCUGACAAACCUCUGUUUCCAUGAGGAUUCCUCUCAUUUCUCCUCUUCUCUUAACUCUCACCUUGUCCUUCGCUCAGGUAUGACGCCCUCUGCAUCCUGCUGAGACACAGUAAGAAUGUACGCUAUUGGUUUGCACACAACGUUCUAUUCGCCUACCCCAACCGCUUCUCGGAGUACCUGUUAGAGUGCCCGAGCGCUGAGGUCCGUGGUGCGUUUGCCAAGCUCAUCGUCUUCAUCGCUCACUUCUCCUUACAAGACGGCCCCUGCCCCUCCCCCACUGCCUCACCUGGACCCUCUGCUCAGGUUGGUGCCAGAGUUAAGCCGAGCUCUGUGACUGAAAGGAUUUUCUAAAAGCUCAUUGGUGUAACCCUGCUUCGGUUUGUUUGUGUUUUGCCUUGUUUAUAUAUCAGGGCUGUGAUAACCUCAGUCUAAGCGACCACCUGUUAAGAGCUGUACUCAACCUGCUCAGAAGAGAGGUUUCUGAACACGGCCGUCACCUGCAGCAGUACUUCAACCUCUUUGUCAUGUAUGCCAACCUGGGUAAGGAGCGCGCCGCGAUCACACUCCUGUCGUGAACAUCUGUUCCUCGGCAAACUGAACCGCCAGAGAUUAUGGAAAUUAUGACUCGAGUUUGUCGGGGGGACUCACGAUGCUGCUUUCCCACUCACAGGCCUGGCAGAGAAGACACAGCUGCUGAAGCUGAGCGUCCCUGCCACCUUCAUGUUGGUCGCACUGGACGAGGGUCCUGGCCCUCCAAUUAAGUACCAGUACGCUGAGCUGGGCAAGCUCUACACUGUGGUCUCCCAGCUGGUCCGAUGCUGUGAUGUCUCGUCACGCAUGCAGUCCUCCAUUAAUGGUGAGUACUUUUUGUUCUCCAGCCACAAACAUGGGUAAAAACUCUGACGAUUCAUGAGACUUAAAAAAUAGAGCUUGAUCAAUACUUAUGCAAGAAAAAAGUGCUUUUCCAUCAAAAUUACAAGGAACUUUUAGCUUGAGGUCCAGGGGAGACUAUACUAUCACAUCUCUUUAAGUUCCUGCUGAAAAUUUAUUAACUCUAGUCUUAGUCUUCUGACUCUGCCUCCAAAAGUCCCCAGAAGUCCAGAAAGUACUGCCCCUCUGAGCAGGGACUUUUCCAAGGGGUCUAUCAGUUACCCUAGAACUAAAUUUAGACCCUGGUCCCUACCCAAAUAUGGCAAGAAAUGCACUUAUCAUGAAUAUAGCAGUUAGUAAAUUGUUUAUGUGAACGGAAAACUCAUAAACGUCUUUCCAAGUUAUCCGCCAGGCUCUUGGCACUGUGGGGUGGUUUUAGGCGGGUCGAAUCAGAGCCCAAUGAGGAUUUUCAUCCUUGCUCAGGAUUUGGUGACUGACAAAAGCAGCCACUCUGAGCACUCAGCCUCGUGUAGGCAGAGCUUAGAGCUGAGGGCUCUCUGAGAAAACAUCACGCACAACUAAUCUCAGUUAGGUGUAUUUUCAAGUGGAAGUGACCGUGGAUGUUCUCUCCACCCUCUCCAGGUAACCCUCCCCUCCCUAACCCAUAUGGAGACACAAACCUGACAGCCCCGGUGAUGCCUGUGCAGCAGCUGGUGGCAGAAAUCCUCUUUGUGAGGACCAGCUACGUGAAGAAGAUCAUUGAGGACUGCAGCAACUCGGAGGAGACAGUAAAGCUGCUCCGCUUCAGCUGCUGGGAGAACCCUCAGUUCUCAUCCACUGUGCUCAGUGAGCUGCUCUGGCAGGUAAACGUCUCACGCUUCUAUAAACAAGCAGGCUUACGUGUGUGUUUGUGUGUGUUUACUGUGAUCACAUAAUGUGUACGUUGUGUGUCUGCAGGUGGCAUACUCCUACACCUAUGAGCUGAGGCCUUACCUGGACUUGCUGCUACAGAUCUUGCUCAUAGAGGACUCCUGGCAGACACACAGGUCAGACUCGUUGCUCAGUGUUUAAAUAAUUUGUGCUGCACCGGUUCGUUCUGGACGUGACAGGAGUUUUUUAAUCCAUCUCCUUCUGUUUGUGUGUGUCUGUGUGUGUCUGUCUGUGUGUAGGAUCCACAAUGUGCUGAAGGGCAUUCCUGACGACAGAGACGGGCUUUUUGAUACCAUUCAGCGCUCAAAGAACCACUACCAGAAACGAGCCUACCAGUGCAUCAAGUGCAUGGUGGCGCUUUUUAGCAACUGCUCUGUGGCCUACCAGAUCCUACAGGUACGAUCAACCCAAUGAGACACAAAUGAUAAAAGCAGGAGGGCAAAAGUGCAGUGAUAUCCACAUAUUCAGACUCAUUCUUGCUUGUAGAGGCCAUCUAUGCUCAUAAGAAUAUUUACUCCCUUCUGCAGAGUAAUGGUGACCUGAAACGAAAAUGGACGUGGGCAGUGGAGUGGUUAGGAGACGAGCUGGAGAGGAGACCUUACACAGGGAAUCCCCAGUACACCUACAACAACUGGUCCCCUCCUGUCCAGAGCAACGAGACCUCCAACGGCUAUUUCCUGGAGCGCUCUCACAGCGCACGUAUGACACUGGCCAAAGCCUGCGAGCUUUGUCCCGAGGAGGUAAUCGCAACGACAUAAAAUCCUUUUUUACACAUACCUGCACCAGCACAAAUUUAACCCCACGUCACAUAAAAAGUAUUUUCCUGUGUUAGCGAUUGUGCUCAGGGAGCCAAACCAUGCCAGACAGAUUUCAUUUUGGGUUUGUGAAACUUUCUAAUCAUCAUCAUAUAAAGUCAACAAGCCACUGAAUGAGUAUGAUCACCUUUUAAUGGGGGAAAAAAAAACUAAUGAUAAGAACACUCAUCAUUUUAAAUAUGGUUAGAUUUUGUAGCUGUUUCUUUUUAUCUAGCCUUUGAUAGAACUAGUUUUCAAGACAAACUUCAUUUACAUGAUAUUGAAUUAGACCCAUUAAUUUCCAGCAGGCCAUUACUUGUAGAUGUCCUCCCUGAGCUACAGCUGUGACUUGUUUACUCUGCUAAAUAUGAUUUGUAUUGAUUCAAAUAUAUCACAUUUUUGUUCUCAAUUAAGAAAAUUACGUGUAUUUUUUGUUGAAAAAUCCAGUGACACACCUCUCCUGUAAUAUUCCACACACAGCUCAAGUGUACUCAGGGAAGCCCAGGGAAGGUCAGUAUUCCAGGCAACACAACAUGAAGGAAGGAAAUCAAACAAUAUUUCAAUUGAAACAUCAGCAGAGAAACAAAGAAAAAUGGCCGAUAUAUAGAGCUCACAACACACUGAUUUAUUCCAAUACUGCACAGUUUUGAGUUUCCCAUAGUUUAGUCAGUAGCAGGUAGUAGCAGGAACACAUAAAAAUAGAAACUCAAGGUCUUUUUUUCCUUGUAUUUCUUUUCUUUUUCUUUUUCUUUUACUAAUUUUAUUCCCAGUUUUCUUUCAGCGCCCAUUUUGUCAAUAAAUCAAGAUGGAAACAUGAAAAAUUAUGGCAAAUCAAAACUGUUAGAUUUGAACAAUUCAAAAGUCAAAUUACUGCCAAUUUUAAGAGAAGUCAUUAUGUUAAUUGUAAGAUCCAAUGUAAAAAUGAUUGAAACACGAUGGAAAAAUUAUAAGAAAGAAAUUGGUUUGGUAUUAAAUAUCAAAAUUCUGAGAAUUUCUAAUCAUAAUAAAAGAAAAAGUACAAGUUCUUCAAAAUUGAUUUGUAAGAGGACCACUUAUCCUUAAUAUUUCCUGGACUCUUAAUACCUUCGUCUUUUUGUUUUCUUUUGUUUUCUGUUUCUUUUUUUUCUAAGCUGUCUGCAGCUCAUUAUCGUCACUUCUCCAGAACUUUUCAAAUAAUUACUGGAAGAAUGUUAACGUCUACAAGAAUAAACCACCACGAUGGAAUAAUUGCUAAGUUAAAAAUACCGUUUAUUAAAAUAACUUCCAUUUUCCAUAUAGUUUUUUUCAUUAAACCUAAAGGUAGAUGUUAAAAGUAGCUGUUCUGUUGUGAAGUCAUAGAUUCGCCAAAACAACAUCCCUAACAUAGCCGUUCCCCUACCUCAGUCCAGUGCUCUAUGAUGCUCUUAAACAUCUACACCUGACACAAUCAAGAAGCAGUAAUAGUAAAGCUCUAUACUGUGAAUUUGUUAGUGUGUGUCACUUAGAUACUUAACUGUUAACAAACACUGUAAAUUAAAAGAAACUCACUAAAUAGCUUGUUUUUGCUUUAGCUGGGAUAGGCAUUAAAAUUGACAGUUUUGUUUCUAAACCUGUGAAAAAAUAACAAACUUUGAAAAAAUUGAAGUCUAAAUAAACCUAGGGUGUCUUAGCACACAAGCUUCAAUAGAUUUUGUUUAUUAUAAGCCUCAUGUUUAGUUAUUUUUAUGAUAUGUUUGAUCAUAUGUUGUUAGAUAUCUUAUUUUCUUGCACAACACAAACAUGUUGAGUGAUGAAGCUAUUUGACACUCUUCCUAUUAUCACCAACCAAAAGUCUAGCAAAGAAAAACACUCUCAUUUUUAUUAAAAAUGGAAAAUGAAAUAGUCUCCACAAAGAAUCACUGAGAGGAAGCUCUCAGAUGUAGAAUCCUCCCACUCGUGUAAUCAGAUCUGGUUUAAGCCUCAUUUACUCGAUAACACAGCACAGUUGGACAUCCCCUUACAACCCACUCAUAAUUCCACACUGAAGUGCAGGAGCUUAACAUCACACACACACACACACACACACACACACACACACACACACACACACACACACACACACACACACACACACACACACAGUUUUGUUAAAACAUUGUAGCAAUUCCUGUGGAACAUGUUUGAUAAAUCUAGUGUACAGGACUGUUAUUUUUUCCAUUUUAUAGUUGGAGUUAAUGUAGUAUAACUUUUAUCUCAUGUCUGCUAGGAGCCCGAUGAACAGGAAGCACCUGAUGAUCAAGACUCCUCCCCACCCGAGGACACGUCUCUGUACCCUCAUUCUCCUGGAACCACACAGUUUCAGCAGGUAGUGUGUCAGGAUCACGUCCUUUUGGUAGCUCGCAAAAGGUCAGGAGGACACAUCUCAUUGUGUCGGGUACAGAAUGUCUGUGUGGUAACGGAAUAACACCAGGAACUUCUGGAAAAAAGACCUGUGUAGCACCACAUGGUGAAAAGUGCCAGUUGAUAAAUGUACUCAUGACCAGUGCUAUCAUCUGGUCCAUUUAAGAAAGACCAUGUAGUUUAAUGAAUAUACGAAAAAACAAGAUUAAGCCUGUCUCAACCUCGCCGUCAUUUGUAGUUAAUAUUAAGCACCACGAGAGGGCAGCAGCUACUUAUCAAACAGAUCAUGUAGGAACCAAAACGUCAUUUUUUUCCAUCCACUGGAAAUUAAAGCACUGUUAUGGUCCAGUUAAUGUGGAUACACCAGACAGAGGCAAAUGGAGUUCAAGCUUUUCUCUAACAGCAGCCUGCUUCUUACCCCCAAUUUCCACCGCCGCUCGUAGCUCAUCGUAACCAUUCAAGUUAAUGUGUCAAUUUCCACCGGCUUCUUUCCAUUCCGCAGCUGAUCGCAAGAGUUGUAUUUUUCCCGGACGCUGGAGCAUGCUGGAUAAAUUCACCACAGAUUAACCAUUGCUGGAAAGGAAGUCGGCACAGGCACAAAAUAAAACAUCCGGCUUCUUUUCACACCAUGCAAACCGAUGUAGACGAACAAGUGAAAGGUUUAUAGACAGCUUUUCACCCAGAUGACACCAUGGAUGAGGAGAUGCUGAUUCUAGUAGUCUAGAAGUAGAUUUCUUCCUCUGGAAGGCUCAGUCUACUGCUUAUAUGGUUAGCCUUUAUAGAGGCAACUUGUUAUCGUGCCAUUGCACGUGAAUCCACGGGUUCUUGUAAGUUCUCAAAGGUUCUGCUGUCCGUAAUUCACCACGAAAUUCGCCUCACAAACAUAGCCAGUAGGAAUUGGCAGACAGCGGUUCCAGAUCGGAGCUGAUCCGGAUGCGAUGGAAAUUUGGAGUUAUGAGGAAUAAAUACUCUGCGGUGUGAAGGUAUAUAGACGCUAUAGUUACUAUUCGAUGAACUAUAUGCCUGUACAUUCAAUGACAGUGCAGCAUCGUGAUUCUCAGACAGUCGUAUGAAAGUAGAUGUAUGAAGGUCUUCUGCUUCAGUGAGGUUUGCUGUUGAUCUCUGAGCCCAGCCUGAGUCUUCCUCUUAUAGAUUUUGGAUCAUUAAGACAUAAGGCUGUAAUGAGUGUCACUGACAUCGACUGUAAAAGAGCAGAGGCUGAAAAAAAACACACUAGCCUGCCUCUUUUUUCUGAUGGAUGAUGGAUUCAUAACAAAGUGUGUUCAUAAUAAAAGAAUAAAGUAUGUCAAGCUUUUUGAUACUGUAAGUAGGAUGAGUUUAUUUCUGAUUUGUCUUUCACAGCUGACAAGAGAAAAUUAGAAACCACCCUCAGUAGCCUCUGGCAGGCCAAACACUUGGCCGCUGAUGCUCGUUUUAUUCCUUCUAAUCGAAAUGUUUGUUUUUUUGAUAAUCGUCUGAUUUGUGUCCAACUCUGUCCUUCUCAACAGAACAACCAUCCCCACGGGCAGCCGUACACCGGGCCUGCCGCUCAGCACAUGAACAACCCCCAGCGUCCUGGUCCCGCCUCUGCCCCGACUCCAGGCCCCACCCAGACCCCGACCCCAGCCCCUGGUCCCACACCCGGCCCAGGCCCGCGAGCACAAGAGAACUGGGAGAGCACCGAGGAGGUCGCCCCUGCCCCAGCCCCCACCACCUCUACCCCGGCACCCGCCCCCCCUAAGGAGUAACACCCUCCCUCCCCUCCUCUGCUGUGCCUCGAGCCUCCAUCGUCCCGCUCUCUUUCCUCUCAUCCUUCGGUCAACAGAGCUCCUCGUCGGGCUCCUCUUUCUCUCUCUCUCUGGCCCCAGGGCAGGGCAGAGCCGAGCCAGGCCUCCCCUCUCCUCCUCCUCCUCUCCAGGCCCACAUCUCUCCUGCAGCCUGCGUUGGGGGGUUUGCUCUUCCCUGGCCUGGGGCUUCCUGACCAUCGUGGCAGGGGCCCUCUGGCGGCUGCAGAGGCGAGGGAGUGGACAAGAGUUCUACUAAAGAAAAAACAAAUUUACCCAGAGCCGACGAUGCUGACGCGCUUGUCUACACGACGAAAAGGUGUACAUAGUAUGUUAAUGUUUUUGACUGUUCGGAUCCCCCAGUAGCAUAACUCUGUGGUUUGCUGUUGGGAGAUGUUGCAGAUAUUAUGAAAAACAAAAAUGGAUAUUAUAAAUACGAAAAAAAAAACCACCCAAAAAAAACUGUAAGAAGACAACAACUCCUCUUUGUUUUAUCACCCACGCUCUGCAGUAAAGUUUGUUCUACCAUCGGACGGUUACUGGUCAUUCAACUGUAGAAGGACGCAUUGUUAUUAUCAUAAUUAUAUUAUUAUUCUUAAGCUCCUUGGCAACCUUAUGACCGAUGCCAAAUCAACUCACGAGCUGUGGUUGGUUUUAGUGUGAGACGUGGAAUGGUUGGGUGGACUUUUACGGUGUUUGGUUGAUGUGAAAAAGCAGUGAUGCAACAUUGUUCUGAAACUCAUUGCCUUUCUUUUUUUCUUUUCUUUUGUUCUCUCUUUUUUUUUUCUUUUCGUUCUGGUUAUUGAAUUCAAUCCUUUUUCGAAGCUCUAGUUAAUAUGCUGUAACAUUUAGCAUGGCUUCUCACCAGAAUAGUGUAGCCCAAGGGAAGACUUGUGAUCAUAACAACCUAAAGCUGUUCUUAAUCCACAUCUCCAGAGGGGUGUUGUUACCCUUAGGUUUUUUUUUUUUUCUUUUGUUCCUUUUUCUACUCAUCUACCCUGUCUACAAUGAGGGCGAUAUUUUGAACCAAUGUAUGAAUAAGUGGCUUCUCAAUUGCACAUUAUAAUCCUCCAACUCCUCAUUCGGCAGUCAGUUUUUCGGUGGGAUAGAUGGCUUAGCUUUCAUCAGUAGGAAAUCUGAAAAAUGAAACAUAUGCAACAGAAUUGCUGCACUGGGCUUUCUGGUGUAAAAUAGACUGUGUGGUUUGCUUCUGUCUCUUCAAUAGAGCAUAGUUGUAGACAGACUUGUUGCCCAAUCGGCCUCCUUUCUGCCACGGAGCUGGUUGGAUUUUAAGUCUGGCUGCGGCUCAGGGAUCGAGACCCCGAGCGGCAGCCUCGUGCUCCGUGGAGAACUGGAUCCACAGCAGGGUUUGUACCGUAAGAAUAGCGGCUGGUUAGUCAUGUUGCAACUUGAGCUAACUUGUAAUUCUGUAGGAGUAAAAGGUAAACAUCAGUAAAUACUGUAUUUAAUUGGUAACUUGAAUGCAUGUAUUUUUUUGAAUUUUCUUUUUUUUUUUUUUUUUUUUUUUGUCUAAAACAUACCAAAUACUCCUGCAAAUGAAAAUAUUCUGCCCAUCGUAUUAUAUUUAAAUAUUUUGCUCUUAUUUUAUAGAAUUUAUUUUGUUGUAUUUCACUAAAAAUAGAAUUUGAUUUAAGAGGAACAUUUUUGUCCUUGUGUUAUUUUUAAAGAAGAUAUUGACUGUACAGAGUUCUGCGCCCUGUUUUUUGCCGACUUUUGUUUUGGCCAUGGUGUGACGUUGAAUUCUGGAGCUACAGUCGCGAUGUGGACUUUCACUUUGUGAGGUUUUUUGUGCACAGAAAUAUAACAAAAAAAGCAUUGCGCCCUUAGCAAAUAAAGAACAUGGAAUCUUG